AUGAGCGCCCAGCAGUGCCGGAGAGUCUGGCUGCACCAAGUUGCUCGCAGCGCCCGAGGCCUUCUCUGGGCUCCGCAGGUGGGACUCCGGCGCGUCCCUCCGCUCGCUUUCCCGAGUCGCUGGACGAGGUGCCCGCCUGCAGCCCGGCUCCUUCUCCCGCUCAGCCGCUCGUUGUCCUCGCGGCCAGCCGCUCCUGGAGGCGACUACGAGGCGGUUUUCAGGGCGUCGGUGGAGGAGCCCGAGAAACACUGGGCUGAAGCGGCUCAGGGCAUCGACUGGCACAAACCCUGGGCUCAAACCAUGCAGAGGAGAGAUCCCUAUAGCACCUCCUGGUGAGUGGCUGGACCAAACCCUCGCUGGGCUCCACCUCAGGGACAGGCAGAAACUCAACCGGUGCUGUGCUGUAGUCGCGGGUUUCCUGCAUCGGUGCUGGGUUGGAUUAGAGGACCCGUGAGACGCCUUCCAACUCUCCUGUUCGGUGCAUCAUUUCACCUCCCGUUUCUGGGAGAAAGUGCGUCACCUGUUGAAUUUUUGCCUAGCAGACUGCUGCAAAAGGCACAUUGAAAUAAAGCUAGCAAGGCAACCAACUCUUGCUCUUCCUAUUAAGUGCUAGCCAGAAGGGAUUUGCUGGGUGGGUCCUAGAGACAGCAAAUGCUUACUGCCAGGAAAGGGGUGCCCGCCAUGCUGACCCAGGUGGUUGCACAGCUGCUCCUUAAAAAGUCCCUUUUGAACAGAGGAGAUUAUAAUGACUAUCAAUCACCUGGCUGUUAAUAUGCCUCUUUGGACCAGGCGAUUGAGAAGGUGGGGCCGGUUCAUUUCCAGGUGCAUUUUGAGGAAUCUGAUUAUCUGGACCCAUGCAAUCUGGAUUUAGGCCUGGUUUUGGCCCUGUUACAAUUUUGGUUACCCUGAUGGAUGACCUUGGAUGGGAGAGGGACAGGGGGAGUGUGACCCUCUUGAUUCUCACAGCAGCUUUUGUCAGCAUCAACCAUUGUACCUGCCUGGAUGGGAGUGGGAGUUGAGAGCAUGUUGACGUGAUGGUUCUGCUUCUACCCAUAGGAUUAAUUUCAGAAGUGACAUGGGAGGAUUUCUGCUUGGGCCUGUGGUGCUUGUGCUCUGGAGUGCUACAGGGUUCCAUCUUGUCCCCUAUGCUCUGUAACAUCUCUAUGAGGGCACUGAGUGGGGAUCAACAGAGAAUUUGGAGUGAGUAUCUUGAUGACACUCAAGCAGAUUUCCAUCACCCAGGGAAAUUGCUAUGUGGUGGCACUGGAGAGAGCCUUUUCUGCAGUGGUGUUCUGGCUGUGUAAUACCCUCGCCUUAGAAUCACGGAAUUGUAGAGUUGGACUAGAUGAUUCCACAGGAAUCAUCUAGUCCAAUCCCGCCUGCACCCCAGGAAUUUUUCGCCCAACGUGGAGCUCAAACCCAUGACCAUGAUAUUAAGAGUCUCAUGCUUCACUGACUGAGUUAUAUCUAAGUUCAGCAUUUUUUCUCAUUUUGGUGCCGGGUUAAGAUAUGCCAUUUUGCUUGGACAAUUUAAGAGCAGGAGUGACUUGUCAGAUUUUGGCUGGCCCACAUGCAUCUAAGAGUACAGAACAUGGCUCGUAGGCUGUCUUGAACCUCAUCUAUCUAUAUAUUUAUAUAUAUAUUCCCAUGUAGUGGUAGAGCUUCUGCUUUUCAUGCAGUAGAUCGAUCCCAGGUUCAAUCCUCAAUAUCUUCAGGUAGAGCUGGGAAUGUCCCCUGUCUGAAAACCUCACUACUGCCAGUCACUGUAGACAAUAAACUCAGUUUCCUGUGUUCCAUAAACCACUACUAAUAUAUCCUAUCAGGUACUUAAACAGAGAACUAUCUCGUAUAAUUUAUGUAAGAUUAUCCUUUUUCUUCUGUAUUUAUUUUCCUUUAAUCUCUUGUGAAAGGAAAGCACCUCUGAACAAUAAUAUGCUUUCCCUUGGAUAUGUUCCAGCUAGUUCUGCAAUAUGAUACUGAGUGUGUACUUAAGAAUUCUUGUGGGUAAAAGGAAUACAAGCAAAAUUGGCUUGGAUCACAGUGGGCAGUGCAACAAAAGCCCUGCUAGUGCUUAGAAUGAAAAAUCACACUGAUCUGUCCUCUUUGUGCCAAAAAAUGGCCUGAAGUGUUGCGCUACUAUACCAGCUGACAAUUUCUUCUGGAUCUUGGUGUUUGCUUUUGUUUAAAACAAUGAUGCUUCCUAAUUCUGUUGUUUCUGUGCAGAUCACAUUAGCUAGUUCUUGCUGCAUAGCAUCGCUUGCUUAUAGAUUUCUUUCUCUUUUACACAUGCAUGCAUGAACACACACACCAGGUUAAGGAAAAAACCAAAAGGCUUCCUGUCUGUUGCCAGAUUUAGGCUUUAUCUUUAAUUUCUGGUUUUGCUCUGUUGUGAGCCUCUUGGAUUGUUUUUAUGAACAAAGAACUGCUGGACUUUGCAGUCAUUUAGAUUUUUUUUAAAAGAUCCAUGAAGAUUAUUCUGUUGGACUUGGGUGUUCUGUUUUGUUUUUAAUGUGUGCUAGAAAUGUCACAAGCACAGCCAUUGGAUUAUGCACCUGGGAUUUGUUUGUUACUCAUUACAAUGCUGUAUAAUAUUUAUAAGCACCUUCUGAUAUGCACAGAAAAGGAGCAUUUGUAUUCCAGCACGACUGCCAAAAAUAUAUUAUUACCAGUGGCGUAGCGUGGGGGGUGCAGGGGGGGCCGGCCGCACCGGGCGCAACAUCUGGGGGGGGGCGCGCUCGCACUCGCAGCUCUCUGCCCCUACCUGGCUCACUCACUCUCUCUCACUGCAGUGCUGGCUGUGCAAAUCCGAUCCGAGCCGCUGGGUCACCGCCCACUGUGGAGGGGGUGGGUGCCAGGCGGGCGGGGCGGAGCGAGAGCGAGGGACUAUCUGGGGGGAGGGGAGGGACAGUGCAGCUGCCGCCCAGCGCAGCGCUGAGCGCGGGAGAGAACCAGACCAGACCAGCCCAGGCAGCAGCAAGAAGAAGCUGGCAGCGGCGGCAGGUUAGGGGUUAGGGGGCGCAAAUUACUUGCCUUGCCCCGGGUGCUGACAACCCACGCUACGCCGCUGAUUAUUACUAACCUGUUGGAUCACACAAAAGACCUCUUUUAACUAAGAUCCUGUUUCCCACAGUUGCCAGCCAACUAGUUGCCUCUACAAGAACAACAUGAGGGCAGUAGGCCUCUCCUUCUUCAGUUUCAUAGCAACUGAUAUUAAGAGACAUACGGCCUCUAAUCACGGAGAUAGCACAUUACUGCCAUUAUAAACCCAUCUAAAUUGGUGUUCAUCACUGUAGUUGAGGGAAGAGCCUGAAUGGGAGACAGGGAAAUUUUGGUCUCCCAGGCUGAGAGGUUAGGAGGAGGAAGGAAAGAUUCCAGGUGAGAGCUGGAAGGGCUACUACCUUCUGUGUAUAGUAAGGGUCAAGAACUACCUUUAAAAGAUGAUUCCAUAUUCUAUUAUUCUAUUUGCAUUUUUAAAAAUUUAGAUUAGUUUUCUAUAUCUUAUUGUACUAUGAUUAACUUUAAUAAAAGUCUCAUACAAAUGAAAUAAAACCAAACUGUGUCAAAGUCAUCUUUUUAACCUUUCAUAUCCUUCAGUCUUCAGCCUGUUAACGUUUCAGCUAAAGCAGUUGGCCAGAUCCUUAUGUACCACCUGGAUAAUGUUAGCCCUAGGCCAGUUUCCCAGUGUUUACUAAUCACCUGAUGAGCAACCAUUAUCAAAAAUAUAGCCAAGUCAUUGUAAAUUCUAUUGUUGAACUGUGUGCUGUGGGUGAAGCACUUCCUCUUGUCUGUCCAGAAUCUCCCACCACUCCCCAUGCAACAUGAGCCACAUCUUGUGAUUUGCAAGGGGGGGGGGGUUAAGAAAUAUCUAAACUGGUUCUUGAGUUAAUGUUGUAGGAUCUGCAGCAGCAAGCAAAGGUAAAAUUCUCUUUAGAGCACUGCAGAUAAGUUUCUAUAUACAGUGGUACCUCAGGUUACAUACGCUUCAGGUUACAGACUCCGCUAACCCAGAAAUAGUGCUUCAGGUUAAGAACUUUGCUUCAGGAUGAGAACAGAAAUCGUGCUCUGGCGGCAUGGCAGCAGCAGGAGGCCCCAUUAGCUAAAGUGGUGCUUCAGGUUAAGAACAGUUUCAGGUUAAGAACGGACCUCCGGAACCAAUUAAGUACUUUGCCUGAGGUACCACCGUAACUCCAUCUUGUAUUGCCCCCCCCCCUGCCAUUUCAAGGGUAGUACAGAGACAUUUGGACUUCCCAUCCACUUUAGUGCAUUGGGGAUAGCUUCUCAAAUUAGAAGAUAGCUUCUCAAAUUAGGAAUGAUGUGACGCAGGAGAAUCCUGCACUGAUGUUAUACCUCCAGUUUGGCAGGUUAUUCCUAUCAUGUGGGCUUCUGUGAGUGGGGUGAAGAAUUGGCGGAGGCUAAUUUGCAGGCACUAGUAGUAUUCAGGUGCACAUUUCAGUGCAUAUGAGAUUCCUGAAAACUGGCCAGUGCAGAUGAAUUCUAGUCCAUCUUACAUCCAUUUCUGGACUCGCCAUAGCUGAUAAAAAGAACUGUCCUAACGUUUUGACCUUACCAAAUGUGGUCAAGGACAGAACUGCACAAUGUUUAACUUGAACUAAUAUUCAAACUACAGUGGAACUUUGUCCUUACUGGGAGGACUUGGGUUGGGAUGGCUAUGUUCUUACAGCCUGCUGGUCAUUUUGCUUGGUAUUAUGACCUGACCAAAAAAAAAAAAAAAUCAGUAAGAGGUGAUCCAAACAAUACUUUAGUUGUUGAUAUUACAUAUCUCUGUAGUUUCCCCAUUCUUUAGAAUGUUGAUAGAUGCACAUAUUCAGCUAAUAUUGUCUGCAAUUGCUGAUUUCACAAGGCUGAAAAAAAUACCGCUGCCUCGAUCAAAGAAUUGCUAACUGCCAUUACACGGUUUACAUACAUCCACAUGAAUGUGUAUCCAGAGGUGAUUAUUGGGUGUACAACAAUAGUAUUGUGUAUGCUGGCCUUAAGAGAUAGGAAAAACCUAUAAUUUAUUCUGGAAGAUAAAGAGAUUCAGAAGAACUGCUCUGUAUGUACACAUAGCAUCAUAUCUACAGGGAUAAUGAUGUUUUUAAUCGUGUGAGAAGAAGAUAAUGACUUGGAUGUUGUAAAAUUAGCAUCUAUAUAUUCUUAGGCGGAGUCAUUAUAUUCUAGAAACCAUAAUAGUUAAUAAGGAAGUUUUGUGCAAAAAAUUAUGAUUAAUUAUGAUUAAUACUGUGGCUUUCUUUGCUCAGGUUCUAAAAUAGAUACAGACAUAUCUAUAUAGGCUAUUGCGAUAAUCCUUAUCUCCAUGCCAUGCAAAGCUUCAUUUGCUGAUUUCUGCAGGUCAGAAACCUGUUAAGGUUCCAUAAAUGUAUUAGGAUAUUUUGUUUCUGGCUAGUUCGCAACUCCAUACCCAUACUAUAAAGUUAUGCAAGGCAUGUUGGGAAGGAAGGUCAAGAGGUUGGAUGGUUAGUGGUAGGGUUGGCACACAGUAUUUUGCUGCCUGAGGCAAAGAACAAGGUACUAAUUCUCAUUUGGCAAGAUUUAUUUUUUAACCCAGCGAUUUUCAUUCUUUUUUCCUCUCUAGGUUUGUUGGGGGAGAGCUGAAUAUUUGUUAUAAUGCUAUAGAUCGCCAUGUCAAGAAUGGACAAGGGGACCAGAUUGCUAUCAUCCAUGACAGUCCUGUAACAAAUGCUAAAGAGUUUAUAACUUACAAAGAACUUCUUGAACAGGUGUGUUUAAUUGAUAUUUUUGUUAGCAAGCAAGACAGCCAAAUUAAAUUGAACAAAAUUAUUAUAACAUGGUUGCAAAACUUCAAAUACAGGAAACACUUUUUUCUGUUCAUUUACCUUGCUGCAUGUGUAUAUAUGUCAUAAAAUUUAUAUACUGCAUGAUUGUGGAAAACAAGCAAACCUCCAAGAUGUUAACUGAUAACAUCAACUGAUGUUGAUAACUAAUCUUGUUCUAGCAACAAACCUCUUGUCUUUCUGCUAUUUCUUAAUCAUCUGCUGCCCUGGUUCAUCUAAUUCAGCAAACAGAACAACCAUAUCGCAUUUCCAUUUAAUGUAUGAGUGUACAUGGACACCAGCUGUAUGACAUAUGAUUAGUCAACAAUUGAAAGGGCUGCUAGGAGAUUAUCAUUAAUUAAGUUGAUCAAGUUUAAGCACACAAGAAGAGAUUUUUGUAAUUGGUUUACACUGACGGGUCACUAAAGCAUAAACCUAGCUUGUACACAUAAUGACAAAUGAUGUUUGUACGAUAUACAGAACAGCUAUAUGUAUGCAGAUCAAUCCAGAAAGCUGGGUUCGGCUUUCUGUGUGUGCAUAUGCCUAGGCUUGAUGGAAUAGUCUGUCCUUGAAAGCUUUAUCCCUUUUUACAUAAACUUUACAGAUAUUACAGGGAGGCUCACCUGGUGCCUUGGUGAAACUCGGAAAAUUAGAAUAUCGUGGAAAAGUUCAUUUAUUUCAGUAAUUCAACUUAAAAGGUGAAACUAAUAUAUGAGAUAGACUCAUGACAUGCAAGGCGAGAUAUGUCAAGCCUUUAUUUGUUAUAAUUGUGAUGAUCAUGGCGUACAGCUGAUGAAAACCCCAAAUUAACAAUCUCAGAAAAUUAGAAUACUAAAUGAAAUCAGCAAAACAAGGAUUGCAAAUAGAGCAAUAUUGGACCUCUGAGAAGUAGAAGCAUGCAUAUGUACUCAGUACUUGGUUUGGGCCCCUUUUGCAUCAAUUACUACAUGAGACCGAGCAAUGCAGAAGAGCUGAAGGCUGCUAUUGAAGCUUCCUGGUCUUCCAUAACACCUCAGCAGUGCCACAGGCUGAUAGGAUCCAUGCCACGCCACAUUAAGGCAGUAAUUGAUGCAAAAGGGGCCCAAACCAAGUACUGAGUACAUAUGCAUGCUUCUGCUUCUCAGAGGUCUAAUAUUGUACGCCAUGAUCAUCACAAUUAUAGCAAAUAAAGGCUUGACAUAUCUCGCCUUGCAUGUCAUGAGUCUAUCUCAUAUAUUAGUUUCACCUUUUAAGUUGAAUUACUGAAAUAAAUGAACUUUUCCAUGAUAUUCUAAUUUUCUGAGUUUCACCUGUAUCUUUAGGUUCCAGGCAAAAAUAUUCCUCUUUUCCCAGGAUAUUGCUAAUUAAGCAAUCUAUUGCCUUUUAAACUGGGUGGGUGGGUAGGUUUAUUGCUUUUGUUUGUUACUGUGUGGUGUAUUUUUGUGUUUUUAUAUUGUAAACCACCCUGUGAUCCACCUAGGGUUGGCUGUGGGCAGGAUUCCUGCAUUGCUCGGGGUUGUAAUACUGUAGAUUACCCUCAUGGUCCCUGCCAGCCAUGAUUCUAGGAUAUGAUAAGCAAAUUAAAAACAAAUUAUGAAAUUAUUUCCACUCCGUGUAUGAAACCGCUUGACAUACUAUUGCUUCAGUGGAGACAGGUUUCCAAUAGGAUGCAGAGAACCCCAGAACCAGUUGUGUGCACCCAAGAAAGCUUUAGAUUUUCUUUUCUUGAAGGUUUUAUGCUCCUUCCCAUCGUGUAAAGCAUGCGAGUCAAAUCAAAAGAGAUUUGUGACAUGGUAUGGGGAGAAACUAUGUGGGGAAAUAACUUAAGCACACAUGAGCCUUUAACUGUGACUCCUGCACUGCAGUGGCUUGAACUAGACAGACCCUUUGGGUCGCUUCCAACUGUAUGAUUCUGCAAAUCUGUGAUGCAUCUAAACUAGAUGUUUGGAUCCUGGCCUUAGCUUCCCAAAGCAAAUUUGCUUGCACAGCUUCUGCUCAGGCAAUUAAAUUUGCCCUAGGCUUGUCUUUCUGAUAUAUUGAUACAAUUGUAUAUGCUUUGUCCUACGCAACUAAGUAAAAACUAUUUUAAAGAAAGAGGGCAAGAGUUAUAGAAGUAGCUGCUGCUCUGGCAAAUGUUCAAUUGCACAUUUCUGAUAGCACAGCUUGUAUUGGAGUCUGUCCGAGUUAUUAUUGUAUCAUUUAUUUUUUUCAGCGCACUUGCUCUAGGUAAUCCUUGCACUCUGAGAGUGAUUCAGUUUUGUCAUCAAGCCAAAUGUAAAGGUGAAUUGUGGUUCAGAGCUGCUUGUUGGCUUUCAUUUCCCACCAGCUUUGUACUUUCCCGCGGCAGUGACCUCUUGGUGGAGCAGUGGCAGUGUGCUUAGUUUGUCAGACGAAACAUAUCACAGAUAGCGGAAAACUGGAGUGCAAACUCUCUUCAAACAAUAUUUUCUGGCUCCUGUUCGUCGAUCAAUAGAAAAAGUAUGGGUUUAUCAUAAAAUCCUAGAAUUGCAAGGGUCAUCUGGUGCAAACCCCUACAAUAAGUUAUCUACUGUUCUCCUCAUACAUUGUGGACACAGUUGAACGUCCUAUCCUACCCCCUCCAGCUCUCCAAGUGCUUUCAAAUUCAAUUCCAGAGGGUUGGGGGAAAUACUGGAGCAGAUUUUUUUUGGGGGGGGGGUGUGAAGAGGAGAAGAUUGACCUUGUAAGAUAAGCUCUGCUCUUGCAUCAUUGCAUACAACCCUGAGACGAAACCUUAGCAAAACUUUGUUUGGUGCAGUGCUGGAUUUGAGGCAGUGUAGCAAAACCUAUAUUCCAUAGCUAUUUGCUAUUUUGUCACUCUCAUAUUUGCAUAUGAAUUAACAGUGCUAAUUCAGCCUUACAUGAUCUGGAGGUUGGGAAUACCUUAUUAGGGAGUGAGAAGAGGUACUGCCUAAGCCUAGAUCCAUAGAGGACGCACUGCUCUGUGCCCUGGAUUUUUACAAAAAUAAAAUAUUGUGAGGGCAAGAACUUAGUGGAAGGGCCCUAGCAUAGUGGCAAAACAUCUGGGUUGAGAGCACGAGUUUCCAGAUUCAGUCAGGGUGGGAGAUGACCCAGACUGAAACCCUGGACAGCCAAUGCCAGCCAGUGUAAGACUAUACUGAGCAAGAUGAACCAAUGGUCUGAUUUGGUAUAAGGCACCUUCCUUUGUACCUUCUUUUUGGAGAUACCUGUGCUUUGGGAUGGUCAUUUUAUCCGCCAUUCACCAGUUGCUUUUUAAGGUUGCUUAAAAUGUGAUAAUAAGGGCAUUCGGUGAUGGGUUUUGAUGAUUUGAGUUGAUUCUUUGUAGCCUACUGGUUUUCAUGGGUAUUUUGUUACCUCAGUUUUAACUGCAAUUAUUAAUAUUUUAAACAAUAAUUGUGGUACAAUCUUAAAGCUGGCUAAAGGCUAGCUGAAGGGCCAUUGGGUGCAGCAUAAGUGCUGUUGUGCUGGUAGAGAGGGAGCUCAGCUGGCAGGAUGACACCUGCACUGCUGAAACCCCCCUGGAAGGCCGCUCAAUGACAUGGAUGUCUCACUGGCAGUGUUUUGCCAGCUGUGGUGGAGUGAAUGGCAUUCUGGGAGUGAAUCAAGGGACGUUCCAGAGAUAUUCAAAGAUCCACAGGAUUCUGUGCUCCGUCAUUCUCCCAACACUCCCCCAAAGGAGCCAUCCAGUACAGUGGUACCUUGGUUCUCAAACGCCUUGGUACUCAAACAACUUGGAACCCAAACACUGCAAACUCAGAAGUAAGUGUUCUGGUUUGCAAACCUUUCUCAGAAGCUGAAUGUGCUCCAUUUUGAGUGCCACACUUCCGUUUUGAGUGUUACUCUGAGGUCUGUCUGUUUUUGCUAUUUAUUUUGCAUUUUUGUGCCUCUUUUUUGUUUUGUUUUUGUGACUGUGUGGAACCCAGUUCAGCUACUGAUUGAUUGAUUGAUUGUGUGACGGCAGUACAUUGUUUAUUGCUUUCAUUUUAUGGAUCAAUGGUCUUGUUAGAUGGUAAAAUUCAUGUUAAAUUGUUGUUUUAGGGGUUGUUUUUAAAAGUCUGGAAUGGAUUAAUCCAUUUUGCAUUACUUUCUAUGGGAAAGUGCGCCUUGGUUUUGGAACACUUUGGUUUUGGAACGGACUUCCGGAAUGGAUUAAGUUUGAGAACCAAGGUACCACUGUCCUCAGUUCCCUCCCAAUGACACUUUUUCCCCCAUAAAAAAGUAAAGGCACAAGAAAAAAACACCCUCACCUCUUGCCCUGGCACAGUGAUCCAGCAAGGUUUACGGAGAGGCAGCAGCUUUGUAACAAAAUCUCCCACCACCACCACCACAAUAGCAUUGCUCUGUCACGAUGAAGAUGAAGAUGUUCGGUACUGUCUCAGGUGCCACUUUGCUAAUGGAAAGUGAGAUGAAGAAAUCUUAAAUCAGCCAGUAAAUUACAGUUAGACGGCUUGUUUUGGUCUUCUGUCUUCGUUGGUUAUGAUAAAUCUUUGACCAGCAUAAUGUAAAGGGAUGGAUUAUUUAUAAAAUAUGCUAGUCAGUCUAUACAAUUUCAUUUCAGGUUAUGCUCAGCUCUGAAAUUGUGCUGGUAUUAUUCAUUUAAAACAACAGCCAUCUUGUUUACUUCAGCUGUCCACAGCAUUCUGAGCUGCAUAGAAUGUUUAUGUGUUUUUUUUCUAAUUUAGGUUUUGUGGAAAGAGAUGUUUUACAGCUGCAAAUUGACUGCAGCACUUCCUAAGUUAGUAAGGUGACAUGAGGAAGCCUUUUCCUUUGUAAUUACAUGAUCCUUAGGGAUUGGCAGCCAAGAAAGGAUUUAAAGGUUAGUUGUCAAAGCAUGGCAUUGCGUCAACUCUUUUGUGUGUUGAAAAUUACCUGAACUGUUACAAAAAGAAAGCAAGAGAUCAUGUUAAAUAGCAUUACUCGACAAAAGUGUGUUUUAAAAUACCCUUUUUAAACAACAAACCUUUCUGGGGGAGGAAAUCCUUUUAUUUCCUUUCUCUUUUUCCUGAUCUCCUUUUCAACAUAAAUAAAAUACACAUUUUCAGCCUAUACAAACAACACUUUCUUUUUUCUUCAAAAUACAUUUUUAUUGAUUUUCCAAUAUCGUUCCAACAGCAGCCUCAUUAUAACAAUACAAUUUUUAACCAAUUAAUACAAUUAUUAAUUCCAAUUAUUCCAAUGUCAAAUUAUACAAUUUAAUCAGACUGGACUCACCAUGCGUGUCAGCGGAGUGCACUUAAACCCGCCCCAUCUUGUUAGCCUCCCCAUUCUGUUCCACCCUCUUCCUGAACGUGUGCAAAAUUGCCACCUCCCGUAAUUGAAUGGGCCUGUUCUGAUGGCUUGUAACAUAAGCACAAGGCACCACUGGAUCACCAGUUUGCUAUACCCGAGGAAACAUGUGCCUGACAGAAUCAGUAUUUCAGAAAUGCUAUCAUUUCUUCUACGUAGUGUUUCUGAUAUGUCAGUGACAAAAGCUGCAGAGCUAUGGAUUGGGCUUCAGGCCUUUCACCCCGAAACCACUUCCCACCCCUGGUUAUUGAGACUCUUCUGCUCAGUGUUUUGAGACGCAAACUGGAGCUAAAAUAAUGGGUCAGUGCACAAUGAGCAGUACAAAAAAAGCAGGAAAGCUGCAAAUAUAGCCAUGUUACCACAUGUGCUCUUUUCAAAACUGAUUUGCAUAUACAGUAUGUCAACUUCCAAUUGGGCUGCUGUCCAUCCAAAAUUUCUUGCAUCUCCUUUACUCACAGGCCCUCUCCUAUAAUGACAACAAUCAUAUUCUGUAUAAGAAGCACUAUAGUCUUAAAAACAACAACAACACAUUUUUUUUUUUGCCAGAGUGCAUUUCUUACAGAUCACAACUCAGUUGGAAAAAAGCUGCACAGGAAGCAAGAAAACGCAUAAUUAGGCUGGAGUCAGAAAUGGUUGUUGCAGACUAGCUCCUAGAUUUUCACAGCAAAAGUGCUACCCCUUGCAUUUUCCAGAACUCCAUUAGCACCCUGCCUCUCUCUUUCAGCAUCCUGAUCUGUAAAGCUUUUCUGCUUUAGCUGAACAACAUCUGCUUUUUGAAUCUUCCAACUAGAUGGGAGGUUAUAAUCACAAUUAAUUUACUUCCUUUGAAGGCAAUUCUUUGCAUAUGCCUGUUACAACUUACUUUGGCUUGCUUAGCUUCCACCAAAUGGUUUAUGAACCACCGUUCGCAUUAACUGUGAUCCUACUGGCUGCAUUGAUACCUGCCACAUGUAUACCGUUAAUUGAAAUUUAAUUUCCUGCACCUUGAUAUUUAGGAGGAGGAGAAGCUGCUUUACACAGUCAGACCCUCUGUCUCCCUAACCCAGGACUUUCUGCAUGCAAAGCAGCUGCUUUGCAACUGAGCCACAGCCUUUUCCUGUAUCCCUCUUGGUGUGGCUCAUUCUUAUCACGCUAAACUAUGAUUUAGCAUGACACUCGAAUGGAUUGAUUUCACAAAGGGUGCACUUAUUGUCCUAUUAGAUUUAUUUGGCUAGAACUAGUAUGAAAUUGGGGGUGGGAAACAUGGAGCCAAGUAACUAGUUUGAAAUGAGGAGCUCAUGUGACGUUGGCAGGAUUUGAUAUAGUCUCAUAAAUAUUAUAAGAGGCAGACUUUGUACUCGGGGCACAUGCCUAUCUGGGUUUACUUAAUAUAGCUUUAUCUUACUUGCUAAAAAGUGCAACUUGCCAAACAUGAUAAUUACAUGUUAUACCACACACAUUUCUAAUAAAAUGGAGUAGCUCAUGAGUGAAAUUUAUUCGUGUGUUUCUAAAGCAUCUUUUACUAAUAGCAUUUUGAUUAGAGCUUACUUUUGGUUGUGGUUUGUAUUUACGGACUAAAGGAAUACCAACUUUUAAUUUCUUGUUUAUCCCAAGUUAACUGAUUCAAAUCUUCGUUUCCCUCCAUACCUUGCCUCAGUUUUUGAUCGUGUCGUUUCAAGUGGUAUACACUGAAUUAGCAUGCUUUACUAAUUGCUUGUGGUAGAUUUAUGCAGCAUUUUCUUCUCUUAAGAGUUAAACAUUAUUGAUCUUGAAUGUUUUCCCAUAAAUUGUUUUUGGGGGAUAGCCACAUUUUGGUCGUUUUAAUAAAAGAACGGUCACAGAAUCAUAGAGUUGGAAGGGACCAUGUGGAACAUCUAGUCGAAGUCCCUGAAAUGGAGGAAUAUUUUCCCCAAUGUGGGAUACCAGUCCAUGACCCUGAGAUUAAGAGUCUCGUGCUCUUAUACUCUCACUCUCAUAGAACACAUCAUGUGAAUACAGGCUUUGUGCCAGCAGUUAGGCACUGGCCAGGGGCCCCCAUGGCUGAGGAGUCCCCUCAUUCUCCUCACCAAAGGCUUGGGCAGCCAGUUUAACAGUGGGUGGGCAGUGGUGCCACUUUAGAAUAGGAACCAAGCAAGCUUCCAUUGGUGGUGGUCACCUGCCAUUUUAAUUCACCCAGAAUGCAAAUCUAUAGAAUGCAUAGAUCUGUGGGCCCAGAGGCAUUACAUCUUGGGGAAAUUAAAUGGCAGCCAGCACCUGUGGUUUGGAGUAGAGGUUGUCUUUCAUUCCAAAGUGUCACCGCUGCCUGUUGUUGUUGUUUAGUCGUUUAGUCAUGUCCGACUCUUUGUGACCCCAUGGACCAGAGCACGCCAGGCACUCCUGUCUUCCACUGCCUCCCGCAGUUUUGUCAAAUUCAUGCUGGUAGCUUCGAGAACACUGUCCAACCAUCUCGUCCUCUGUCGUCCCCUUCUCCUUGUGCCCUCCAUCUUUCCCAGCAUCAGGGUCUUUUCCAGGGAGUCCUCUCUUCUCAUGAGGUGGCCAAAGUAUUGGAGCCUCAGCUUCACGAUCUGUCCUUCCAGUGAGCACUCAGGGCUGAUUUCCUUAAGAAUAGAUAGGUUUGAUCUUCUUGCAGUCCAUGGGACUCUCAAGAGUCUCCUCCAGCACCAUAAUUCAAAAGCAUCAGUUCUUCGGCGAUCAGCUUUCUUUAUGAUCCAGCUCUCACUUCCAUACAUCACUACUGGGAAAACCGUAGCUUUAACUAUAUGGACCUUUGUUGGCAACCUGCUGCUAAAACAUCACUCACUGGCGCAGUUUGCAGGUUGGUAAGUGGUGGUGUUGCUGUGACAGCAAUGGCAGAAGAAGAACAAAGUGUGGCUACAUUAAGGGGUAUAAAGCACAUAGGGGAUGGGGGUCCAUCGGCGCCAUUGUGUUGAAGCCCCCCUGGAUUCUGGUGCUAGUACUAUGUGAGUAACCUCCAUAUAACUUUAAACUGUUGCCUGCUCAGGUUUCCAAGCUAGCUGGUGUCAUGAGGAGCCACGGUGUGAAGAAGGGAGACCGUGUUGUCAUCUAUAUGCCAAUGAUUCCACAGACGAUGUACACAAUGCUGGCGUGUGCAAGAAUAGGAGCUAUACAUAGUCUCAUUUUCGGCGGAUUUGCUUCAAAAGAGCUUUCAAGUCGCAUUGAUCAUGCCAAGGUAACAAUUAAUUUUCCUCAAGUAUGGGAAAGGCGAAGUGAAAUGGGUCUUGUAAUAAAUGAAAGCUGGCAAGUAACCUUGCACAUCAUCUGCCCCACUGCUGUGCUACUCACUAGUCAACCGUGGAAGGAAAGCCUUGUAAAUGAAAAUACUAUUUUUAAUUUCAUUUCAUGAUGAUGAUAUUGCGAUUUUUAUUUUCAUUUUUUGCAGUCAGGCCACUCAGAGAUUUUUUUUGAGGCUUGGUAGCUUUUAUAGACUUAUUUGCUUUUAAGGAGGACAUGAAUUGCUCUAAUGACAGUGUUUUCAGCCUCAGAACUGACCUUUUCCUAAGGAGCUGACAUUUCUAAUCAGGACUGCUGACAGGUGGGUAGAAGUGGCAGGAUUUAGGACCCUAGUUCAGCAGGGACCCCAGCCUCUUAGUUUUCAUUAAAGAAAGAAAGAAAGUCAAUUGGAUAUUUCUGAAGAAACUUGGAACACAAAACAUGGGGGCAGCUCUAAUGCUUCAGCACUCAGCAGGCAGCACCAUUAGUAAGGACACUUAAUCUCUGUUGCUAAGUGAUCAGAGCAAGAAAUGCUGAGCAGUUUCACCUGGGACUUGGGAGAGCCCUCUCAGAGCAGCAGAAAAAUCAGGAGAGGCUCCUUGCUGCUAGCCUGAUGCUGGACGGAGGAAGAUAACUGGGGUAUGUUUGUUUAGCAAUUUCUGCUGCGUCCAAAUUAUUUCAUUCACUUCCCAAGUGUGGUGCCUUAAUAGAGUAAAACACAAUUGGCUGGAUUUGGUAUGUUUUACUUAGAAGUAAUUUCCUUGAAAUAAACAAGGCUUCCUUCCUACUUGGAAAAAUGGUGCUCUUGCAAUCCCCCCCUCCCAAGUUUCCACGUCCCCAUUGCUGGUCUGCUUGUCAUCACGGGGCUAUUAUUUAUUAAUACACCCGUUAACCAUAAACAGAAAUAUAAAAUACAAGGUGAAUCAGCAAACACCUUACAGCUGUAGCAUGUUAACAUUUCUAUAAGACUGUACUUCAACACCAGGAUACUUUUUUUGUUUAUCAAGGUGGGCAAAAUGGGCUGCAAGUUGUGAAAUUGCAUAUACUUCUUGCUUGUUGUAUAUUUGUCUCGCAGUUUUACUCCCAGGAGCUCAUGGCUGUGUACUUUGUCUUUCACUGCCCGCUUUUAUCUUCACACCAGCCCUGUGAGGUAGGCUAGGGUGAGAGUUGGUCGUUCAGACACUAAAGCUGUGAAACUGCACAUCAUUUGAGGAUUUGGGGUUUUUUUUUGCAUAGUAUUAGGAUCGACAUUUUGUUUGUUUGUUUAGGUAUUUUGCUGUAAACAUCAGGACACUGAAACAUUGAGGGAAGCUGCUUUUUUGGCUUUAUUUACAUGAUCUGUGAAUGGUAAUCCAAAAGAAGGGCCUUCCUGGAGUAGGCCCCAGGACCUGAAAGCAAUAGCUGUCUCGCCUCCUAAGGUUUCCAGCAACUGCUAUUCAGAAGCAGCUGUGCAGGCAGACAAUAGUCCGAGUGUCUAGCUGCCACUGAUGGCCUCAUCCAUGAACUUGUCUCACCUUCUUCUAAAGCCACCCAAGCUGGUGGCCAUUGCACUAUAGCCUGUGGGGAUGUGUUCCAUAGUGCAACUAUGCAGAGUGUGGCAUAUACUUGCUUUUUCACUCAGGAGCUCAAGGUUGUAUAUGUUUACCCUGUCCCCCUUUUAUAUGUGCAACAGCUCUGGGAGAUAGGAUAGGUUAAGUUAAUACAGUGGUACCUCUAGUUACGAACUUAAUUUGUUCCGGAGGUCCGUUCUUAACCUGAAACUGUUCUUAACUAGAGACGUGCUUUUGCUAAUGGGGCCUCUUGCUGCCGCUGUGCCGCAAGCCACGAUUUCCGUUCUCAUCCUGGGACAAAGUUCUCAACGCGAGGUAACUCUUCCAGGUUAGCAGAGUUUGUAACCUGAAGCAUUUGUAACCUGAGGCAUUUGUAACUCAAGGUACCACUGUAUAUGUACAUAGGCAGCAGUCAUCAAUAGAUGGGUGGGGAUAGGGGAUGGGGGAAGGACAUGGGUGGCGCUGUGGUCUAAACCACUGAGCCUCUUGGGCUUGCCAACCAGAAGGUUGGUGGUUCGAAUCCCCACGACGGAGUGAGCUCCCAUUGCUCUGUCCCAGCUCCUGCCAACCUAGCAGUUCAAAAGCACAUCCGUGCAAGUAGAUUACUAGGCGGGAAGGUAAAUGACAUUUCCAUGCGCUCUGGUUUCCGUCACAGUGUUCCAUUGUGCCAGAAGCGGUUUAGUCAUGCUGGCCACAUGACCCGGAAAGCUGUCUGUGGACAAAUGUCCGCUCCCUCGGCCCAAAAGCAAGAUGAGUGCCUCAACCCCAUAGUCACCUUUGACUGGACUUAACCAUCCAGGGGCCCUUUACCUUUACCUUUACCUUUACCUUACGGGAUGGGGAAUGGGACAGGGCCCCCGGUCUACCUAUAGUGUACUGGGCCCAGGAAAUCCUGUUGGCAUCCCUGUACCUAAUACAUUCAGAAAGUCGUCAAACAUGCUAGAUGUGGCUCCACUCUAGAGCAGGGGUAGCCAACAUGGUGCCUUUCAGAUGUUGUUGACUAAAACUCCCAUCAGCCCCAACCAGAUUGGCCAAUGGCCAGGGACGGUAGGAGUCGUAGUCCAAAACAUCUGAUGGUCAUGGCUGCAUUAGAACAUCUUCAGGUGCCAUAAUGGAUGUUUCCCCAUACUGUCUACCUUUCACAGUGUGGUUCAGCUAUUGCAAUAUUAACAAGAAAGAGCUCCGUUACAAGUGACUGCUUUUCAGUCAACGCUUGCCAGCUUAUGGCUGACUUUGCUCUGGCUAAUUCUUGCUUUGCUCUUACUGAUAUGGUGUUUGCAAGUGAUACCAGUGUAAGUAGAGGAAUGAAGGGAAACGAACCUCCUUUCAGGCAUUGCAGGAGAAUAAAUCUUCUCAGCGUCAGUUACAGGACUUAAUUUACACUAUUUCUGCUGCCUCUUUCUUUCCUUGUUCAUAAUUAUUUGUUCAAAUUCUUUAGUCACGGUGCUCGUUUUAAAGAGGUGAGUACACAUUCACUCUUGCUAAUAAAAAUAAUUAUUUUCCCAUUCUGCUCCAGAGUAGCACACGCAUCAUAUCAGUUUUCCGGUGGUUUAUCUUGAAUUUUAAAUAGCUAUGGGAAUAUCACAAAAGCCCACCCUAGAUCAUUGUUAGUCUUGUCAGGUUACUGGAAGUCUAAAAGGCGAACAGUGAUUAAAGAUGUGGAAUUGAAGUGUAGGUUUUUCUUUUAUCUGUUGCAAUACACUGAACAGGCUGUCAUGUGUCUUUAGUUUUAUGUGACUAUGGUUAAGAAAUGCCUCCCUUUAAUAGUUUUUUUUUUUUAAAUAAAAAAUGGUAUAGUGUUUAAAAGAAUCCUUGAAAUUUUCCAGUUGAUGGGGAUAAUGAAAUUUUGGCAAUAAAAUGCAAGUACUUGGAACCACUCCACCAAUAAUGUUGAUUACCUUUUUCUAUAAACAGGAAAUACAUGAUAAUUCUUUAUUUUCAAAUUGGAAAAGUUUUGGAAUAAAUAGGCAGUUUCUCAUUGUAUUUCUGUGGGAAAAAAUAUGUGUGAGGGCUUGGAAUGUGUUCUAAUUUGACAAAAUGACACAUUCUCCAGUCUUCAAAGACGUGCAGUCUCUGCUUGCUGCCAGUAAAAGAAAGUGUCAGGCACACAGUGGUCAAGCAAACUGCUCCUCACUUGUCAUCAUGCCCUUCUGUUUCUAAUGGGAAUUUGCUCACUUGCCCCUUCUCCAGAAAGCAGGUCAAGCACUCUUUCCCCACAAGUGCAGCCGACAGCUGGCCACUUGGGGGGAAUGGAUUGAAGACACAGAGGAACCAAGAUGGCAGCUCACCUCAUCUUGUUCCAAACCUGCUAUUUCAAGGAAAUCCACUAGGUGGUGAGGUUCAGUCUUGACCCUUCUUUCUAAUGUUUCAUGAGUGGUUAAAAAGAGAGAAAAAGAGAAAGUACAAAACUUCUCCCAGCUAUUUCUCUUUCUCUUUCUCAGCAGCCUCUUUAGUCAUCACAGGUUAUUUGUAUAUCUUUCAUAGCACGAACACUUCAGAAACUUAUAUUUACGUGGGGCAGAGAUUAUAAAACAAAUAUAUUUUCUUUUAUAUGUAUUUACAUAGGCUAUAAAACAAAUACAUUUUAAAGCUUCCCUCCUCCUUCCCAGUUCAAGGAAAUGUUUUCAAGGAAAUGCGUGCUGAACUUUCAUUUUAAAAGUCACCCGGUGUCUAUGUAAAAUAAUUUAUUCUCUUAACAAGAAAGAAAUGUCUACACAUAAAUGGUAUACCAGGUUUUAACAUUUGAUAGAUAGAAGAAGCAGUGUGAAGUGUGGUGUAUCUGUGUAUUAGUGGUGAGCUUGUGGUUUUAGGACUGGGUAAGGGAGGGACGUGGGUGGCGCUGUGGUCUAAACCACUGAGCCUUGGACUUGCCGAUCAGAAGGUUGCCGGUUCGAAUCCCCACAAUGGGUUGAGCUCCUGUUGCUCAGUCCCUGUUCCCGCCAACCUAGCAGUUCUAAAGCACCCCAAAAGUGCAAGUAGAUUAAUAGGUACUGCUCUGGCGGGAAGAUAAAUGGUGUUUCCCUGCACUGCUCUGGUUUCGGUGUUCCAUUGCACUAGAAGCGGCCAUGCUGGCCACAUGAUCCAGAAAAACUGUCUGCGGUGCAGACAAACGCCGGCUCCCUUGGCCUGUAAAGCAGGCUUCCUCAACCUCGACCCUCCAGAUGUUUUGGGACUACAGUUACCAUCAUCCCUGACCACUGGUCCUGCUAGCUAGGGAUCAUGGGAGUUGCAGGCCAAAAACAUCUGGAUGAGCGCCGCAACCCCAGAGUUGUUCGUGACUGGACUUAACUGUCAGGGGUCCCUUUACCUUUACGGGAGGUGUUGUUUGUAUUGGAUCCCAGUUCUUAGUAACAGCUUAGGGAUCUGACUGGAAUAUGGUUAUUUACAGGAAUUGGAGGCGGGACUCCUCAUUCCCUAGCCUAAUCUCAAAGUACGGUAACUUGUGAAACAACCCAAAGACCUGUGAUGAUAUUGCCCGUUUCGAAAAUAAUAUUUUAACUGAUAAAGCUUUCUCUCUUCUUUCAGCCCAAACUGGUUGUAGCAGCAACUUUUGGAAUAGAACCUGGAAGAAAAGUCGAAUACAUACCACUUUUAGUGAAAGCGUUGGAGAUGAUAGAGCACCAACCUGACAAAGUUCUGGUUUAUAGCCGCCCUAACAUGGUAGAGUUACAGCAAAUAUUUUGACACAUUUUCUUGGACUAUUCCCUUCCCUCUCUGACUUCAUAAUUUCCCUGAAUAUUUAAUUGGAACAUUUCAUUUUUACGAUACUUAAGUAACAUUUAUUUUUCUCUGUGGCAAAACUUCUAUUGCUUUACUUGUUUAAAGCUUAUAAUUUUGUAAGUUUCAGUACAGCUGCUAAAAGUCAUGUCGUAGAGAAUUCAGGCAUAUAUUUGGUGCUCCACAAGGAACAGCUAAUUAUUUCUGAGCCUUUCUUGUUGUUGUUAAAUCCAGUUUAAAUGGUUGCAGUGCUCUGUCUCUUGACACGCAGGGAGAUGUUGCUCUUAAACCAGGGCGUGACCUGGACUGGCAUGAAGAAAUGGUGAAAGCAAAGCCAUGUGACUGUGUCCCUGUCCUUUCGGACCAUCCGCUUUAUAUUCUGUAUACAUCAGGAACAACUGGCACCCCCAAGGUAGGCCCUGCCUUUCAGUAUCUGUGACCAAAUUAUGCUCUAUUCCACAUGAGGGAGAAUUUAAUUAGAAGGCUGAAAAUGUUUUCCCAGAGCUUAGCACUCAUAAAAGAUUAGUGUUGUUGGAGCUGACUUUAAUCGUAUUUCAUUACUCCAACAUCACUUUUAAUGUCUGAAGCGGUGUUGUCAGUGAAUAUUUGAGCCACUUGGAUUUUUCUUCCCAACCAAAGUAUUCCCAGCCUGCUGCUGCACCUUGCAGCAGUUCACCUUGAAGAUCCUAGGUAGCUCCACUGUGUCUCUGAUCUUCAGAUUCUCUUGAUUCUCCCCAGAUGACACCACACAGCCUUUUUUUUUUUUUUUGGUCCUGUGUUGUGCUGGAUCAGGAUAAGAUCAAGGAACUAAGCUCCUGUGUUGUGAUGGCAUUUGGAUGAAAUCGAUGAAGCAGAUGAAAUAAACCACAUGAAAUAUAUGGAAUAGCAUGUGGGAAGAAGCAACAUCAAAAGAUAGAGUCUCACACAUAAACAAGAAGCAAGAGGAAAGUUUACAGCAACAUAUAGCUAACUUGAAUAGACUAGAUGAGGAAAGGGAUUGCUAGCAAAUGGUCUAUGAGGAGAGAUGGAGAAUGGCCUGAGAUUAGGUGUGAGGAACGUCAGGCCCAGGAGCCUAGUGCGGCCCUCCUGGCCCUCCUGUCUGGCCCUUGGGAUUCUCCCCAGAUGUGGCGCUCAGGCCGAGGAGAGUCCCCCACCUUAAGCCUUAGUUAACAAGAAGCAUCAGCAGCUGUAUUUGCAAAUGACUUGCACAAGUGGAUUCUCACCAUCUCAUGCAGGGAUGGGGGGGGGGCAGAUAGUUUUAUUUAUUUAAUUUAAGCCAUUUCUAUACUGCCCUUUGAUUCAAAAUUCCCCACUAAGGUUUACAGUAACUAAUAGGGACACCAUAAACAGUGGAAGGCAUUUCUGAAAGUAAACACAGCGGAUGGAAAAAAUACAUCAGAGACUAAAAGCCUGGGGAGUAGGGGGGUGCUUUUGCCUGGCACCUUUGAAAAGAAAAAAGAGAAAAACCUGAGCAUGUGCCAGGAAAACCUUGCUGGGAAGAGGACUACGAGUGAGAUGCCAUAGCCAAAAAGGUCUCUUUCCUCUGUGCCUACUUCUGAGGGAAGACCUUAGCCUACUGAGAAAAUAAAUGUGUCCGUAUCCCAUGAAUGAAGCAGUGCCAACUUAGAUGUGCAAGACAUUCUGCUAUGUAUCUGGCUAAUCAUGCUCCCUGUAGUAUCCAAAGCCAUAUCCUGUUAAGUACUGUAACACAAAACCAGGAAAACUAGGGACAGUGUUCUAAGGAAAGGCAAGUAGUGAAUUUUCCUCUCUCUAAGAAAUCCCAAGUGGAGACCAUGACAAGCCAGAUGCGUGGAUUUUCCAGCCUCUGCUGUUCUCACAUGUGGACUGUGAGAUCUGGAAGGAUUCAAGCAGAACUCUUCUGAAAACAUCAGUAUCUGGGCGUGUAUGUUCUCUGUAGUAUUUGGACUGAAAACGACAAGUUUUUAUUCAGUUACCCGAGGUUCAGCAUAAAUCUUGUAAUGUUCUUUAUAAGUGUGUUAGGGUCAGGAGCCUUAAGUUACUGCAGUGCAUCUAUCUGGUUUCAGUACAAUAUAUAGGAUAUAAACCAAAUUGCAAAGAGCAGUCGCUUCUUUUUUAAAAGAACAGCAUUCCACACCUCCUCAUUGCAGAGAUAAAAUCUAAAAGUAAAGGCUAUUUCUGCUAUUCUGAAGGGCUCCUAGGAGCUAAGGAGAGAGUUGCUAAUUGCUUCAGAACGUUAAAUUAUGGAAACAGUAAUUUUCCUUAUGGGAUGAAGUUUCAGGGCAUAAUUUAUUUACAAACUAUCUUAAUUUCACAUUGCUUCUCACUUAGGGUGUUGUUCGACCAACAGGUGGCUAUGCCGUUAUGUUAAACUGGACCAUGUCAGCAAUAUACGGCCUUAAAUCUAAAGAGGUAACUUCUAUUGAUUUAUUUUUCAUUUUAUAAAUUGUUUCCUGUGAAAUAUCCCAAAGUGAUUUAACAAAUUUUUUAAAAAAGCAUAUUUAAAAACUAUUUCAAGCGCACUGCAGAGAUUCAAACUGGAAUUUAAAAUCUCCACUUAAAAGGCUUUUUGGGACAGGAAGGCAUUUAGUAGGUGCCAAAAAGAUAACAGAGAUCAUGUCUGGUGUGUAACAGAAGGGUAGGUGCCACCACACUAAAGGCCUGAAUCCUAUAUGGUUUCUGUAGAAGGCCUUCCCUGUAGUGCAGUGACCAGCUGGGUAUAUAAAGUGUGAGACAAUAUUUUAGCUCUCCUAGUUCCAGGCUGUAUAGGGCUUUGAACACCAGUGCCAGCACCUCCCAUGUCACCUGGUAGCUAAUUGAUAGGCAGUGUGAGUUUUUCCAGGACGGUGUCAUAUGGUAGCAAUAUUCCAAUGCAAUUAGCAGUCAAGCUGCAGCAUUUUGCACUUGCUGCUGCUUCUGGAACAACCUCAGGGACAGCCUCACCUAGUUCAUGCUUAUGAAGAACUGCUUAUACUUCAAAAAUAAAAUCUUUCUUUCUUUUAGGUUUGGUGGGCAGCAUCUGAUUUAGGCUGGGUGGUUGGCCAUUCUUAUAUCUGUUACGGACCUCUCUUGCACGGGAAUACAACGGUUUUAUACGAGGUGACUGUUUUUUCUAAUGUCUGUUAUUUAAUUACUUUUAUAGGCUAAAUAAGCUCUCGGAGAAUUCUGGGGGGAAAACAGAACACCAAUGCAUGUUUUACUGUUAUGUAAGUUUAGCAUGGGUUUGACAUGACUGUUCUUCUGCAGCCUCGUGUGUGGACUGAGCUGGUUCUUAAGUAGCCACGGAAGCUCUGCCCACCCAAAGGAGGCAGAACUUGGAAAGUCACCUGCUGUCCUGGAUCAGGAAGCAGUGGAAAGCCAUAGCCUCCCACUAUGUCAGUCAGUGAGCCUGAGGACCUUUCCUCUUCUGUGUGCUAGAGGAGGAGAAUGGAAAUUUUUGCUUCUGGUUAUAACUAAAACCAUAGUUUCCCAUUGCAUUCAAAUCUGGGAAACCGAGGUUUGUUUAAACUGUACAUACUGAGAGCCAACCUGGAAUCAAGUCUUGAGUGGUAGGAGGCUUAAACUCUUUGGCACGAAUAGGAGCUUUUUCCAAUAGUGGGCGCAUGUGGGCUAUCAGGAUUUUGACCGCACCAGGUGGCAAAGAGUUAAAACCACCACCACCACCACCCAUCUCCACUAUGGGGUUGCAGUCUCAGCUGGGGCAUUCAUUCCUGCUAUUUGCUUUUAAAAACCCAUGCAUACAAUGUGCAGGAAAUGUCUACUGUCGGUGCAUUGGCUUGUUUUUGAACAUACAUUCCUGGCUUCAUCUAAGGAGGCUACAUCAGACUUCACAUCCAUAUUUGUGAAGUACUGUGUUCUUGAUCUUUAAGCCAGGCUUGAUGCAAGCUUUGGGAUGGGUGUUCAGUGAUCUUUUUCCCUGGUUGUCUUUUUCCUCCCACAGCCCAGUGAUUGAGUACAUUAAGCUCCAAUAUGCAGGAGUGUAGUGAACCGGAAGCUGCUUGCCUGCAACAGUUGUUCUCUCAAGUGCGCAUUCUGUCCAGUUUCACAUCCUUCCUUCCAUCCUUACAACAGGAGACUUAUCGAGGCAAAAUAGCUUCUUUAUUUCUAGAUAUCUGGAAGAAAUUUGGUGUGGAAGCUCUUCAUCCCAUAUGUGCUGUUUUACUGUGUAUGGAUGAGGGAUGGGGAAUCAACCCCUCUUUCAGAGCUUUCUACAAAGUCCUGCCAGUGGUUUGAGCAGGUGCUUUCCUGUAUGUUCAGACCGCAAAUUGAAUGUUGCAUCUAGCUAAUUAUGUUUGUUAGUCUCCUAGCAGAGUUCAGAGAUGCAGGAAGUCACAGCUUGUUAAGGAUCUGCUCCUGUAAGACAGAAAAACCCGGUGGGUCAGGCUGUUUAAUCUCAUAUUAAUUCCUUGUUGCUUUCCUUUGUUUUCGAAGAACUGUGUAUAGAUAGCCAAGGGAGGAUUAGUUUUACUUCUUACAUACCAGAACAAUUCAGAGACAACUCCUUGUGAGGAUAAAGUGGUGUUGAUGGUGUUGCAGCUAUAUACACCCCCUUACGUGUCUUGGAGAACAGAAAUGUAAGUGAAUAAGUAAGAAAACAUUGGUGCUGACACAGCCAAGAAAUUGAAAUCUUAGACACAUUUCGUAUCUGAACGUAGUGCAUUUCUGAGCGCACCAUAAGAUGGAACUGAGCCCUUAAUGGAGCAGCAAAUGGAUGCUUUCCUUCUAGUUGUAUAAAGGCAAUUUACCAGUUGCUUGAAUACACUGCUGACAAGUUGAUAACUACUGUUACAUUCAGGACUCAAAUCGCAGAAGACUCAUGGAACACUUUUACCCAACGACAACUUUAAAAACACGUCCCAAAUCUCUUUGUAGGGGAAGCCGGUGGGAACUCCAGACGCUGGAGCUUUUUUCCGUGUGCUCGCAGAGCAUGGAGUCGUAGCCUUGUUUACUGCACCGACUGCAAUUAGAGCAAUCCGUCAACAGGACCCUGAGGCUAACUUGGGGAAACAGCACAGCCUGACAAGGUGAGUUUAGAUUAAGCCAGAAGCUUGUUUUUACUCACUAUCGGAAAUAAGCCCCAAGUGUAUAUCUUGAGUUCAGCCAGCUGUAAAGAUGCUAUAACAAAUAGGUUUUGUGUGUGCGUAUAUACUAUGGCCAUAGGUACAUACAAAUGGUCAAACCAUCAUUGCAGUGUUUCAAGCUUGGGUUCUCCCUCCUUUCUCCCUCAGAAUGCACCAGUUUCAUCCUUUCCUCCAUUACUAGUUUGAGCAACCCAUCAUGUGUUGUGACGUAUUAAUAGGUCAAACUUUGAUUUGCACAAGCCGUGGUUUGCUGACAAAGCAGAAUUGGAAAUCAUGACAUGAAGUAGGCUUCAAAUUCUAGUUUGGAGAUAAAGACUUUCCAAUACAAUAAUACCAUAAAAUAUUUGUUAUAAGAAAGAGAAAGAUGUAACCAGCCAUCAGAGCCUAAUCUGUUUUGACCUUAUGAACCUUUGCAGUGACAAAUGAUCAAAACUGGUAGUUUGGCAGCCCCAGAGGUGGGUUGAGAAUGGAAUAUAUCUCAGGCUUGUUCUUAAAAAUUAAAAUAUCCCAUUAUUUUACACUGAAAUCUCUUUUCUCUCCCCUCCCCCAUAUGAACACACUCUGGAUAGGGCUGCAUAUGAUGACUCACCAUCUGUUUUUUACAAAAAUGUUCAGCUGAGAAACCCUGCAGUUCUCAGACAAUUAAAGCCUGAGGGGAAAAAUGAUUCAGCUGUAAUUUCCAAACAAUAAAGUGAAAGUGUGUUGAAUGUACAUACACAAAACCUCGGCUAAAUAAAUCCUUGUUAACACAUUAUUUAGAUACUCACCAAUAUUACACUUACCCCAAACUACUAGCCCUCAUACCAGAAAUUUUGUUACCCUUUAUGGCAAGGGUGGGGAGUUGUAAGCCCUCCAGAUGUUGGACUCCCAACUCCCAACUCCCCUCAGCCCCAGCCAGCAUGGUCAACAGCCCCAGCUAGCAUGGUCAACAGUCAGGGAUCAUGGGAUCUUUAGUCCAGUAACAUCUGGAGGGCCAUAGUUUCCCCACCUGGUUUAAGGCAUCACAGGCCAGCUGUUUUUAGUUAUGAAUGUUUGUUGUGGAAUUUAGUUAUUACAGAUACUACAAUCUGAAGAAGAUAUACUGGGAAUUCUGGCUAUGUUAUUUAUGACUGUACUGUUUGCUGCUUAAAUAGUAAUGAUUCCUCAGCAUCUCUGUUUACCAGAGUGGAGGUAGAAUCUUGCGUAGCUUCCAAAGUGCCAAUGAGGUGGCCCUGUCUUAUAAAUAAAGUGCUGAAGAGGCCAAAAUGCUGUAGCAAGGAGAGAAGAGAUGGGCUUGCAUGGGUUUGAACAUGCCUUUUAUCACAUUAAACCUAGUAUGCAUUGUUCUACAAACAAAAAAUAAAUAUUUAUGGGAGCUCCUCUGCAUAAUUCAUCUGUAGCUGUUCAGUUGCUGACAUAACAUCUUCUCUGUUUUAUUCUGCCAUUUUAUGGACAGGUUUCCUAUGUGUCUCCCUCCUUAUAAUUUGCAAGUGUCUUUUGCCAUUUGUAAGAAGCAUGCCAUUGUCAUUUCUCAUAUAGAAUCAUAGAAUCAUAGAGUUGGAAGAGACCACAAGGGCCAUCGAGUCCAACCCCCUGCCAAGCAGGAAACACCAUCAGAGCACUCCUGACAUAUGGUUGUCAAGCCUCUGCUUAAAGACCUCCAAAGAAGGAGACUCCACCACACUCCUUGGCAGCAAAUUCCACUGUCGAACAGCUCUUACUGUCAGGAAGUUCUUCCUAAUGUUUAGGUGGAAUCUUCUUUCUUGUAGUUUGGAUCCAUUGCUCCGUGUCCGCUUCUCUGGAGCAGCAGGAAACAACCUUUCUCCCUCCUCUAUGUGACAUCCUUUUAUAUAUUUGAACAUGGCUAUCAUAUCACCCCUUAACCUCCUCUUCUCCAGGCUAAACAUGCCCAGCUCCCUUAGCCGUUCCUCAUAAGGCAUCGUUUCCAGGCCUUUGACCAUUUUGGUUGCCCUCCUCUGGACACGUUCCAGUUUGUCAGUGUCCUUCUUGAACUGUGGUGCCCAUAUAUCUGUCAAUGGUCCUAUUUAUUUACUGCUUAGCUCCCAGGAUUCUACCAUGAAGAGUUUGUGGAAACCUCCCUAUUGUAUGCUUCUUUCUCUACCCCUCUCAUAGCAGGGAGAAGUGAGAGCCUUGACUGGGGAGAUCCUCCUUUUACAACGAAUUUGGUACUGCAAUGAAUCCCUGGGUAGGGCUGGCUCUACCAUUAGGAAGAGUAGGGCAGUCAACUCAGGCAGCUGAUAUUGAGUGUCCUGAAAGGGUAGCAAAUGGUUAGUUAUUCAUUUUUAUUUUUUUUAAACUGUUUUUACUCUCACAGAGAGGAGUUUGGGGGAUUUUCUGCUUCCGUCACCAAAUUAACUUGGCCAGUCUUGGUUCUGUGCUCUUGGGGAGGAGGUUGCUAAGUUGCUGUUUCACUUCAAGCAGAAAAAAUGCCCUGUCUCAGUCGUGCCCCUGGAAGAGAACCCACUUUAUGACGGAUUUUUCUCAGCUAAGAAGUGUUGCAGCUAUUUCUGCUAACUUCUCAUACAGAAUCAUAUAGAAUUCUAUAUUCAUAUAGAAUAUAGAAUUCUGCUAACUGCAGCACAUGCUAGUCACCUCAGAGCUCCCUUCAGAUGUCUGUUAAAUCAGCUUCAUCAACAGGGCAAGUCCAUAGCUUAUUCUUCAAAGCACGCACACAACACUUACCUUAGCGUGCUUAUCUUUUUUAUAUUGCGGAGACAUGCUGAAAAUAAUCUUUAUUUGAAACAGGUUCCGAACACUCUUUGUAGCUGGUGAACGCUGUGAUGUGGAUACGUUAGAAUGGUGCAAGAAAAUCUUCAAGGUUCCGGUUUUGGAUCACUGGUGGCAAACUGGUGAGUUCUGGGCAUUUACAGCCACCUUUCUGAAUAAAGUUUUUGUUUUCUAGCCCAUUGAUAUGUGGAGCUUCUUGCUCUUCUGUGAAUUUAUCAUUGCAGCUGGGAAUAGCUGGGAUUCAUUCCUCAUUUGGCCAUGGACUCCCAUGGCUGUGGUUUAACUUAUUCUCUUCGUAAUUUCAUUUGGGGCCCCUUUUACUAUUUUUCUAGUUUCUGUUCUCACAAAACUGAGCUAUUUGAUUUAUUUUGGAACUGGGAAUUUUCUGACUAUUCUUCUGCUGGAAAAAAAAGACAUGCAUCAUUCUACUUAUUAAUAAAGUGAAUGCAGCCCCAAAUGGGGCUUGCUGGAAGCACCGACCAACUGAUUGGAACUUAGCUUGCAGGGCUUUCUGUAUUGCUUCUGUUGCCCCUGCGGGCAAAGAAAGCAGGAUUUGAAGCAGCCACCAAUUAGCUGAUGCUGCAAAUCCCACUUUCUUUUCCCACCUGAUUUGAAAUCAAAACCACACAGGGAAAUGAAGAUACUUCACCUGACUUCAUGGUGAAACCAGGUGGUAGAAAGGUGGUUAUUCCCAUUCACUUGCCAAACUGGUCUACCUGCAGGUGAAAUCUGGAUCGGGAUUAAUAAUCCUAAAAUGUUUAGCAAAUAUGUUACCCCAGUAGAUAGACCUCACAUUCCCAUUGCUUCCUGGUGCUUUAAAUUCUCUCCCACCUGCUGUUGGUUCAAAGUCCUGUUACUGCUGCGCUGACUGGGCUCUGUAUAUUCCUCUGUCUCUCAUCCUUCAAUACACAAAGGAAAAGAAUGCACAAGAAAAACUGUCAACAUAUCUGAUAAUGCCUCUUCAAAUGAUUAAAGGUUGGGGAAAUAAAAAUAUAUUCACUCAGUGACAAGAAGACAUAAAAGUAGGUGCCAGGAAUGAUUCCUUGGGGAGAGAAUUCUGAAAGUGGGUCACCACAACAGAAAACAGCUACAGCCCUUUGCUCAGCAGGAGUUGCUUUUCAGCUGAUGCACCUUUCUGGAUUUCUCAGUGCCAAUCAGCCUGCAGCAGCUGGGCCCAGUUCGUUUUCCUCCUGUCCUGAAAAUUCAGCAGUUUGAUCUCUUUUCCUCUGCUGAGGCAGAAGAGCCUUCCCAGGAUCUCGCCAAACAAUUCCAACUUUCAGUUUUGCCUUCUAGUCCCGAUCCCUCCUCUCCUUCUUCUGAUGAUGAUGAUAUAUUGGCUGGAAGCAAAUAAAUAAAUAAAAAGAACCCAUUUCUCCUGCACACAGGAGCAGUGUAACGUUAGACCCAUAAACUCAGUGAAAAGAAGAAUUGGCCCACCCCACCCCGAUUACUUUUGAUGAAAGCGGAGCCACAAUUGUAAAGGAAAAAAUGGUUAGAAAAUGAUUUAGUAGUAGUGUCUGUGAUAAUUUUGCCUUUAGUUCAGCUAGCAUAAUAUAUAUUGGCUGCAAUUCCCUACUAUCUCUUGUCUGAACGAUGGGCUAUAAUAAUAUCUCCAGACAUAUUUUGCCCUGCAAAAAACCCCUAGUCUAAAAUACUGGGGAGCUGCUACCAGUCAUGGACCAGAGGGAUGACUUGGUAUGACAAAGCUACCUGUGUUCCUACCAGACAUGUGCUUUUCUUUCUUCUGUAUUGCAUAGACUCUGUAGCAAGGGUAGCUAGCAUCAGCAUCUGUUCGUCUGUCUGCCACUUUCCCACAAAGUUGUGCCCUAGUUGGUUCACAACAGAUCAGGUGAACAAUUAAGCGAAACAAAUAUAUAUGAAGCAGUAUCAUCAGUAAAGAAAUAUAAACAACAACAACAAAAAUCCAUAUAGGUUUAUAUAAAACAAUGAUUUAAUUUAGCAGCUUAAAACUAAGAAGGAAAGAGGAAUGAGGCCUAACACAGAAACUAUACACAUUUUUGUAUGUUGCUUUCAAUAAUAUAUGCAUUCACAAACACUUUACCUUAGUAUAUGCAUUUUUGUAAACGUUACCCGAGUGAAGAACUGCUGUACAAAAUUCAGAAAAAUGGAUGGCUGUGCUUUUAUGGACGGUGGAGCUUCAGUUUGGGAAUUAUUUUUGGAAAAUGUGAAAUCAGUAGGUUUACCUUGAAGUACAAACUGUAUUAAAUUUCUCCGCCAUCCCUAGUGCCACCUAAGCCAGUUGUAGAGUUUCAGCGUUAGCCUGCCCUCCCCAUCCCUCUGAAGAUCUCCCCUCCGCACUCUGCCAGUCUUAUUCAUUAUAAUUGUGAGAUUGGAUUGUAUCCAUUCCACCUCACUUGUCGCUGAUGCUGCAUGUAAGUUAAGCGUGUAUCAGGAAUCUCUUCAGUUCCUCUCAACUGUUUAAGCUCAAUCGCUUCCUCUUGCCUCUGCCCCUCUUCCUAGCCAUUAUGUCAUUACUCUGAUUGUAGGGAAAGGAAUAGCUAAAUCACAUUCAGACAUGAUUUUGAUCUCAAAAGUUAUUUUAAGAUCCACUAGAAGAAUUGGGUUGGAGGGGUCACUUUUAAAAUCUUAUUUCCAUAAGCGAGAGAAGCUGUGACAGCCUCUAGUUUUAUAUAUUUCCUCUGAAAAUGUUACAAGCUGCUGAUGUCAUUCGUGUUGCCUGGCAACACUUUUUUUUCUAGUUCAGAGACUGGAGUCCUCAUUAGGGUAAAGUAGAUGGUUUUACUGAUGAUUUGAGAAUAGGGAACUGAGAGUUAAGCUCCAUGAAUCUCUUUUAUAGAAAGAAUAAUCCUUUGCAAGAUUUAAGGCAGCCACAGCGGAGCUUUUGUUGCAGAGAGGGCAAGAAGCAGUUUAUAAAACACUAAUCCCUGCUGUAGAUAAUUUUUACCCAACUAAAAUAGUUAGCAGCCCAAUCAGUCUUUUUCAUCUUUAUGGUAUUAGUCUGACUAAAGUAGAAACAAUGUUUUCUGGACACGAUUAAAUUGUAAAUGAGAUAUGCAAUUACUUUUUGUAACAUCAAUUUGCAUCUAAUGUCCACUGUGCAGCAUUAUAAACAUUUGCAACAGAGAAAGCUAAUAAGAUACUUUGAUUGAAUUAAAACUGGGAAACACAUAUUGUAAUCAAGUGCAUGAAAAAAAAGAUUGUGUCUUUAUUAUGCAAUGCAUGAUACAUACUGGAAGUAAAUAAUGGGAGAGAUUUCUAAGGUGAUUCUUUCUCCCUUAGUCUGAGGAGAAUGCUGUAGUUCUUAUGCCUUUCCUUGCCUACAAUGUAGUAGUUGUCUGACUGCUUGCCUCUUCCUUACAUCUUCUGUGGGGCAGGGCUGGAGUCAUGCAUGCUAUGAAAGAAGGGAGCCUGGUUGACCCAGAAAGAAGAACAGGAUAUAAAUGUACAAAAUUACAGUUUGAGACUUUUUGGAUUAAAAAGCAAAUGAAUAUAUGGCUUGAUCAUCUGUGGAGGGCUUCCAUGUUUUAAGGCGGAAAGUAGGGAUGGGAAUGGAGAAAAAAUGCCCUGUUGCCUCCCCCCACUCCCCAUUUUUCCUAUAAGGUUUGCUCAACUUAAUUAGCAGAUUCCACAGAUUGGCUGAUGUGGAAGGAUACUGCAAAGGACCAAUCAAUAGGGAACAGAUCCAGUCGUUCAGUUGACAGAUGUUCUAUUGCUUUACACAGUGAGGCAGAAGGAUGCUGCCUUCAGACCUUUAAUGCUCCUGGAACAUCCUCUGGCUUUUGCUUCAUGGGCUUCAACUGCAUCCAGCCUGCUUCAGCGAGACUUCCUGACUCCCAGGCAAACACCUGGCCUUUUGGCUCUAAGGAGCAUCCACAUGGCCGCUCUGCUGGAAAAUGAUGCACAAUCAGGACCUCUUUAUAAAUAAUGUUAUCCGUAUGCGGAGAUACACAUGGGUCUUUGUACUGGAGAUGAUCUGAAUAUAUGGUGUGCAGUGUUUUCUGCACAGCAGAUAGACGGUUUGUGCAGUAGGUGUGCAUAUAAACUGCCAGUAAUGUAUGCUACAUGUGACAGAAGAAUCGGCCUUCCAUAUAUUACAGCAUAAAACUGCAUUUUCCCCAACACCAGAUGGUCAUCUCUAUGUUUGAAAAACCUUACUCGUACAGUAGGGAGUUAUCCUUCAGAAGGACGAAUGUUUCUGCAUGGUGACUAGCCUGCUCUUGUAGUGAUCUUUUGAUUUGUCAGUUUGUUCUGCAGGCCUUUUCUAAGGCUUCAUAAAGUGAGCGACAGAAAUGGGGCCCAGAAAAACCAGCCCAAGUUAAAUCCUGCUUAUUUCAACUAAUCAGAGCGAUUUAAGCAAAGUAGCUGGAUCGGAACUAUAGUUUUUCUUCCUUCGGGAUUUCGUUGAGGUCAUUUUUCUCAAUCUGCAUAGUGGGUAACAGUAUAAAACAUUUUAUUUCAUGAACGUUCAACAAAAUUGUGCAUAUGCUGUAAUCACGCUUGAGGGCGGCAUGAGAAGGAGGCAACAGGGUAUGUGCCACCCUGUGGGCUGGCAGGGUGUCGUGAGGAAUGUGCCCCCCUAAAAACUGUGCCCGGGUUGACAGCCCACCCUGCCCACACUGUGCCUCCGAUAUCUAGUAAUAACACCUGUGCAUACAUCAAUGUUGCAGUGGUUACCAACCCCAUCCCAAAGCAUUUCUGUAUUGGUACAGAAAGUCUUCAUGCGAGGUUGGAAGUAUAUUCCCCUGUAAAAUGACUAAAUCCACAAAGAACCGUACAGAAACAAAAAGGUCUGCCGCUGAAAUGCUCUGCUGUUUUAACUGAUCCGUGGAAAACUAGUUUCAGGAGCUUAUGAGCCCACUAAAAUUAGCACUUAAAUUUAUGGUACUUACUAUAAAAAUCAUAUCUGCCGUGCAGUACCCUGAGAGUAGAAUUAUUUCUUGCAUGAGUUAGCUUCCUAUUGAUUUUUCACGGGUGCCAUAGAAGUGGAUCAGAGAGCCAUAGCACUGGUACCCUCAGGUAUGUUGAAUACUAAAAAUAGAACAUUUUGUACAGCUAGCUGAAGAAUAUUCAGUUAUAGAGUAGCUAUGUUUGGAUAUCCUUACUAUCUAGAGAAUGGAAUUUGUUUUUGAAAGGAAAUGAAACAAAAUGACAUUGGAGAAGUAUGUUGUUUUAGUGAAUGGAUAGACAGCACACUAAUUUAGUCUCUCUUGGUACAUUUAACCUUUAUUAAUAUUUGGGAUCUUUUGAUUAUUGGCUCGUGAGGAAUCCUGCGAGAUUUCCUGUGUAUAUAGCCUUUAAAAAUAUGACUUUCAAUAAUAAUUUAUUGCCUUUGCUGACAGAAUCAUUGCUUUGCAGUUGUUGUAGUGAUUUUCUUGCCAUUAGCUCUCCUGAUUUCUGACAGCUUGUAUGUGUAACAGAAUUAACUGGAGUCCACAAAGUGUUUUUUUAAUAGUGAUAACAACGUUACUAAUAGUUCUUUACUUGGCAGGCUUUUAUCAAGGUAGAUUUGGAGAGCAAGAAACCAAGUAGGCUAGAGCAGGGGGCUGUCGAAAUUGCUGUGGGCACUACAAAAUACCCAUUUCCUAGACAUGCUUAGCUCCUUUCUCCUAAACAAAACAAAACUAAACACUUGGUCAAAACAACUACAUUGGCCACUAGCCAUUAUGACUGCAUUGUCCCUCCACUAUAGGAAAAUAUGCUUAUGUUGUGCUUAUGCUUAUGUUGUGCUGCAGACAUCCCAUAGGCAACUGACAGGCCGUUAUCUGAACAGGGUAGUGGACUAUAUGGGCAUUUGGUCUAAUCCAGCAGGCUUAUUCUGUUCUUAAAAUGGGGGGGGGGGAGAGAGAGAGAGCAAUGAGAAAUUUACCUUUUCCUAUGCCACCAGUGAAGUUGUAGCAUAAUUUGAUUGAGACCGCUGCUGUUUUUCAGCAUCAUGCUGUUAAUAAGUUCAUUAAGGACGAUUUCAUCCAUUCUAAUCCCUCGGAAUGGAAUAAUGGUGUCUUUUUCAGGCCACACAUGAUCCUUGAAUCAUCUGUUAGCCAAACCUGCUUUCUGCUUCAAUGACAAAGUUGAUAUUUAUCAAACAUCUUAACUAAAAUUACAGUAGUGCUUUAUUGACAUUCACUGGGAGCCUGCUAACAGCUUGAGGGUUGUUGUUUUUUAAUGACAAAUCUUGAAAUGAAUUUAGUGUGUGUUUUAAUCCUGCUCUGAGGAGGCAGGAUGGACUGUGCUUUUGAUUAUGGCAGUGAUUUCUCAUUACAAAGUUCUCAUUACUUCCAUGUUGUUAUAAACAUACAGCAUGGUCGUGAAAGAGAUGCACCUACAGAUUUAUGCCAAUGGAUUUGUAACUUUAGGAUAAGGAACCUAUAUAUCUAGGAUAAGGAAUCUAUAAGGAAUUACCCUAAGUAAUUAAACAAGUCGCUUUAAGACUAGAGGAGCUUGAGGCAGUAACAAUGUCCAUUAGGUCAAAAGGUGCUAUUUUUUACUUCCCUGAAAUUGGAGUGAAACUGAUGAUUGCUGAGACCUAUUUACAUGUACUGUCUUAAUGUACGUGUAAACUAUAUUAAUGUUGGGCACAGCUUUCCUAACCUGGAACAAGGAGAUUAAAGCAAAAGAGCUGCCACUGUCUCCAAAGCAAAGGCUGGCAGAGACUAACCAUCAACAUCAUGUUAGUUGUGAUGGGUAGAACUACAGCAAUUUUAGGAGUUGCUUUAUAAACCAGAAGGUUCAGCUAUGUGAAUUGGUAAAUUUAGUCACUCAAUGUAACCUUUCUAUAUAUGUAUUACAAAAGUAUGCUUGACUGCCAUAUGUUUGCCUAAAUCAGGCAUCCCCAAACUUGGCCCUCCAGCUGUUUUGGGACUACAACUCCCAUCAUCCCUAGCUAACAGGACCAGUGGUCAGGGUUGAUGGGUAUUGUAGUGCAAAACAGCUGGAGGGCAGAGUUUGGGGAUGCCUGGCCUAAAGGCUUAAAGGAGUUCCACUGGAAACUUCUGUUGCUCAGAUCACAUUGAGACAAGUGUCUGAGCUUUCCCUUGGCUCCUACUAAUUUCUUGGAAGCUUAUGGGUUGUAUCACAGAACUUUGGUGUAUGCUUCAGUUUUCUGUUUUCAUCAUUCUUCUUGUUCCUUAACUCUCUCAUUGAAGCUCCAUGUCACCUUCUUUUGCCUUCCUCCCACCUUCCUGUUUCUUUAUUCUUGUCUAUGUUCCAUUCCCCUCCUCUCUGGGUUUCACUUCCUUUUCAUCUCUUCUAACUACUGCCUUCUCUCUCUCCCCCUUUCCAUUUCUCCUUGCCAUUCAUUCAUCCUUCUUUGAUCAUUUUCAAGUGCCUUUUUAAGGCCUUGUCCCUGGCUUAUGUCUUCUGCCCUUUCCCACUUAAGACUCUUCAAGCUGUGGCAUUAGCAGCUUCUGCUGCUCUUAUCUCUCUUGUUUGAGAUUCUGACCCCUUGGGCAGCUUUUCAAGCAGCACAGCUGCCUUCUGAACUGGCCUCUAGUGUAGAUUGCCUAAAGGAAGGAUUUGGUUUUUUGAAUUUCCAAUUUGUCCUUGGUUCAUAUUCAAGGUUCUUUACUUCUUCCUGUGGUGUGUUGAGGCAUGAACACGGAGGCAUCUUCAAGAAUGGGCAGUGGGUAUGGCCUAAUAACUGGAAGUUUGCAAGUAAAUGGGUACAGUUGGGUGAAAAUUCUGAACUUCUUUAAUUUUCCAGAAUGAUGCUAUGUGACAAUGGAGGAACUUACCGUAUUUUUCGCCCCAUAGGAUGCACUUUUCCCCCUCCAAAAAUGAAGGGGAAAUGUGUGUGCGUCCUAUGGGGUGAAUGCAGGCUUUCGCUGAAGCCUGGAGAGCGAGAGGGGUCGGUGUGCAGAUAUCCGCAAGCCUGGGGAGCCCGCGGGAGUUCCCGCCGGGCUCCCAUGGCUUGCGGAGAGCUGCCUGCAUCCCGAAGCCUGGGGCGCGCAGCGCAGCGCACCCCGGGCUUCGGGGAGCUCUCCGCAAGCUUGGGGAGACCGGCGCGACGUCGCGCCAGGCACCCUAGGCUUGCGGAUAGCAGCCUGUUCUGGGGGCUGGGGUCGGGGGAAGCUCGGGCUUCCCCCGCCCCAGCCCCGUGCCUGGGGGGGAAAUAAUUUUUUUUCUUUAUUUCCCCCCCCCCCAAAAAAAAACUAGGUGUGCCCUAUGGGCCGGUGUGCCUUAUGGGGUGAAAAAUACAGUACUACCUUCCAAGAGGAGGAAAAGACCUCUCCCCUAAAUUUCACUGCAUUGUUGCCAGGCGAUUCUGACUAGUAGCUGCUGUGAAUAUACAUCUGGGAAAGGACAAAAACCCCAAACAAAUAAGCAUUUAGAUCAAUAUACAAAUGGCAAAGUAACCGAUUUCCAAAACCCCAGCUUAUUGACAAUUUGACACCUUUGGAAACUAGUCAUGAGAGUCGAAACAAAAUUAAAAAAUUCCUUCCAGUAGCACCUUAGAGACCAACUAAGUUUGUUACUGGUAUAAGCUCAUACCAAUAACAAACUUAGUUGGUCUCUAAGGUGCUACUGGAAGGAUUUUUAAAAUUUUGUUUUGACUAUGGCCGACCAACACGGCUACCUACCUGUAACUAGUCAUGAGAAUGUCACAGAUACUUAUCAGUGUUCAGUUUGCACUUCAUAAACUUCAAAACUGUCAUUCAAACUUUGCUUCAGGUAGCAAUUUCAAUUCCCUCGUAGCUUUAGAGGUUUAAUUUAAAUCCUUGCAUAAUAUUUUCUCCCCUGCCCUGUACCACCAAGAACUCCUUGUUGCAGGAGCCCUGAGAAACUGAUCUUAACAGGAGUCACUUAAGCUAUUAAUAAUUCUGGCACUACCACCAAGGCAGACGGGCAUGUCAGUGAUCCAUUGCUUACUCUUUAGUUGUCUUUUUGAAGCCAAGUGAAAUUGGUAGCAUGAUUCAUGUGCUUUCCUGAACUGAUGUCUGCUUGAGAUGUAAUUUCACAGGACUGGCCAGAUGAGUCUCCUUGAGAUCCUUUAGGGCAAUAGCUCCAAUUUUAUGAGAAUCCUUAAAGUUGACUUGCCAUCUAAGGGCUGCUUAUAGUAAUAUAUCACACAUGCUGUUUUCUAUGCAUCUAAGCUCAAUGGACAAAAGCAACUCAAUUUCUACACAACCACACAUUGUUGAUUAGAUAGAUUUUGGUAUCUGCUCAAUGCUAAAAUGGGGGCUAGCUAUCAACUAUGUGAUAUAUUCUGUUUGAGCUCAUUUUGUUUGUAAUAAUGGCAACUAUCAUUAACCUUGCAUAUAAGGACAUUUUCUUAUAAUGUGGGUCUUAAAAAUGCUUGGUUGAUCAAUUAAUAUUAAGUCAUUAACUACCGAUCUUAUGAUAUGUUCUGCUUCUUGUUUUACAGAAACAGGAUCUCCAAUAACAGCUUCUUGUGUUGGCUUAGGAAACUCGCUAACUCCUCCCUCAGGACAGACAGGAAAACUGGUGCCUGGAUACAAUGGUAAAGUUAUUACAGUAUUAUUAUUAUUAUUCCUGUAGAACGCCCUCCCAUCAAAUGUCAAUGAAAUAAACAACCAUCUGAUUUGUAUAAGACAUCUGAAGGGGCAACCCAGACAUUUGUAGAAGACAUCUGAAGGGGCAACCCAGUCAGAUGGGUGGAACAAUAACAAUAACAUGUAUAACAUUAUAAUACAGUAUUAGCUUACCAGCUCUAAGAACCACAUGAUUCCUCACAGGGUGCAACACCAAGACGACAUUUAAAGCUGAAAUGCUGCUGUAUUUAACAGCUGAGGACCAAACCCAUUAUUGAUCUGGCUUCCUUGGCCACUUUAAACUUUUUUUGUUCUGUAGCAACAUCUCCAUUUGUCAGAACACACUUCAGACAAGUCCUCAUCAAAACAUUUCCCCCCCUGUUCUCAACCUGCUGCUGUCCAGUUUGGGAAUUACACCACGCCCCAAUAAUUCCCUAAUGCAGCAAUAACCUAUAUUCAUCAUUGCUAGCAGGCAUAACAGACUGUAGCAUGGAUGGGUGUUGCUUCCAUUUUCUGCUUGGAAGUCACCUUGAAUGAACCAAUCCAUAUGGGCCGCCACAUGUGGGUCAGUAGUUCUACAGGCACAGAAGCCCAAGGAAGUCACUUAUGGGCUGAAUUGAGGGAGGAGAUGAAUCCAGAAGCCUGAGGCCACUUCUGCAAACACAAAUCUUACCUUGUACAUGACCCCACCUCCUGGGCAAGUUGGGUCUGCUUGUGAAAAUGGAAAAGCGACUGUUUUUAUCAGCCUAGCCCAAAUGUUCACAGACACCUUUGUAUGUGGAAAUGCUUCUUGAUGAGCGUAGAUUUUGCUAUUUAUGGCAAAGCUAGGGCAGCCUCUGCAUAUAAUUGACUGCUUUUAAUUAAAGGGCUGCCGCCAUGCUGUUUCUAUUGUGUAAUUAUUGGUGAUUUUAAACUGAUUUUAUAUAUGUAUAUAGUUUUAAUUCUAUUUUUAUCAAUGCUUAAUUGUAUUUUAAUAUCUUUUUUUACAUUUUUAGUUGCUCUUGUUUUUAUCUGUAAGCUGCCAGGGAAGGCGUGGUAUAAUAAUAAUAAUAAUAAUAAUAGGAAUAUGUGUCCAGAGUUGUUUCUGAUGUUGUACUGGGUACUUUGUGAUUGUGGAAACUCUGGGUGAUAGACCAUUCCCACACCUUCCUGCAGCCUUCCUCCUUGGCUAGGGGGACCCUCCAGAGCAGAGAGUACAAGGGGAGGAGAAAUGGAAGCUGCCUUGUGUGAAAUUGGAUAUUGUUCUUUGUACAUGCAUCAGGAGUGCCAGCAGAAACAUACACAGGAGGCCAUGACACCAGAGGGCAAUUGUCCUUAUCAAAACUGCCAUGUACUCUGUAAUGCCCUGUUUGAGAAUAUGAGCAGGGAACAGAUGUCCCCAUUUCAGAUAUUGGUUUUUGAUCUCUGUACAUUAAAUAGCACUUGUGUGUUUUAUAGUGUGUAAAGAUGUUGCUAGCUAGUCUAGUCAGUGAUUCCCCAGAAACAUUUUUUUUAGUGAAAGCAAAUGCCCAUUGAGCUCCGCAAGUGUCUAGCUGUUUUUAAUUUAAAGUUACCUGCUUUCCACUUAUACCAGGAAGGCAGUCUUCUGCAGAGGCUGAUAUUUGAAAGGAAUGCUAAGCACAUUAUCUUUAAUGUUCAGCAUUAAAAAAAAAGAUUGCUGUAGGAAAUGUAGGCUUUGAAUCCGUAUAAAGCAUGAAAGGCAGUAGCUGCCUCUAGCCAGGAAAACAACUGAACAGAACAUGUGCAACCGUAAGAUUAGGAAAGCUGCAAUAUUUUCAUAACCAGAAUUAUGGUUUGACCAAAAUUAUCUAGGAAUUAACCUGUUCUUAACAUGUAAUUGAUAGUGUACUCCUAUUCAUAUUUGCUCAGACAUAAGUCCCAUUAAGUUCACUGGGACUUACUAUCAGGUAAGUAUUACAGGGUUGCAGGCUGAGAUAACUUUAAGAUCAAUUUCACUUGCCUGAGAAUUGCUCAGUUAAUUGGAAAGGAAAGAGUUGACUGGUUUUGUAAAACAAAGAAAUAGGGCAGGAUAGAUGAAGGUUGAAAAAGUGCAAUGUUUUCUUGCCCUUUAUUGGCAGAAGAACCAAUAAUUAUGAGGUGGAAACAAGAUCAGACUUGGUGCAUUAAGUCAAGAAUGAAUGUGGGGCAUGUACACUCCUUUUCCACUCACACACUGGGUUCAGCGCUUCUAGUUAACUUUAAACCACAGUUUCCCAUUACAUCCAAACUAAUAAAUAAGGUUUUGCUCUACAGCAGAUAGGAAUGAAGUGAAAAGUGGGAGAAGUGACUGGUGUUGGGCUGAGACAGGAAGUGCAGUGACUGUAAAUACAUACCCUCUGGGCUCUAUUUGACCUUUAAAGACAGAUGAAAUUAGGUGAAAACUGCCACUUUUUGUAAAUUGCCAUCUAUAACCUCCAAGUGCUCUUUAAACUGCAUCAGCUCCUGUGUAGUUGUCUGUGCUUGUUGCUGUGCCUUGCAUCUUAAACCACUCUAAAAAUAAGGUCUCUCUUGCCCUCUGAUAAAGGUAAUUUACAUUCCAGCUUUGUCCAGCCUUCCUCUGAGUUGAAUCUGUAAAUUAAAACUAAUUUUUCAGUCUGAUCUGCAAAAACAAGAGCCCCAAGAUAGCCUAAUUGGGCACUGCAAAUGUUUUGUAAUUGCUUUCCUCAAGUUGUGUUUUCCAUAGCAAUUAAGCUCGAAGCUUUCCUCUGUCUUGAACCCUAGUAAAGAGGGGAGGGGAGGAAAAAAUAUAUUUUUGUGAAUCCUUUUGUCUUUUUUUCUUGCAGUGAUGAUUCUGGAUGAUGACAAGCAAGCUGUAAAAGCGAAGACUUUAGGAAAUAUUGUGGUGAAGUAAGCAGCCCACAACCUUUCAAGGGAUUAAUGCUGUAAAGUAGACGGAAGGAGUGAGCCAAAACACUGUGAUAUAAUUGAAUACUGAAUGAAUAUACUUACUGAUACUGACCACAAAUAUUACCCCUUUAGCCAGUAAGAUCUUCUACCACUCUAGAGUUAAAACAAAUUUAUUUUGACAUACGAACUUCCCCCUCUUUUGCUCAAUUAGGGGCUCUUUGCAGAGGCUGCUUGCUGCUUCAUUGAUCUGUUGCAGCUUCUGUAACAGUACCAUUGGAGAAUACUUGAAAGCCAAUCCUCAUUCCAUGUGGGAGCUUAAUUGGAUUGAAAGAAAAGGUCCAGGCUUUGAAAGAUGCCAUUGCAGAGAGGGAGAACUGGUUUUGUAAAGGCCAGUUCCAGCUAGUUCAAAUUGUGAGUGUUGGGUGUGGUGUUUCAUUGCUUCUGAGUCCAGAAUUAGGGUGUACCUCAAGCUACUCUGGUUCCUUCCUCUCUGCUUCUGAGAACUGUACCAUCUUUGUCAUUGUUAUGGCUGGUUGGCUUCCUAGAGAGAAUGUAAUCCACAGCCUAGCACAGGAGGUCCUCUGCGAAUUUCUGGGGCACAGCCUGCGCUCUCUUCUCCAGUACAGACCUGGGAAUCUGGCAGGUUGCUGUCUUUAUGAAGUCCCACUUGUUAAGCCCCCUUCAUACAUUGGUCAUGAUUAACUCCAAACUUGGCUGCACCAGUGGCGCUAACUACUCUGAUGUUGCAUGGUUUCCUUGACCCUGCCUGCAUUUUCAGAUGUUGAGCAAGGGGCACCUAUGCUCAUAGACCUCCACAUGUAUAGGUUUCUACAGAUGGGGUCUAGUUAACACAGGGUUCUUUGGAAACCUAGGCAUAUGGAGGCUUGCAUGCAUAGGCUUCCUCUGCUCAGACACUCAUGCUUAAAGCAUGAAUGUCAGGACCUGGUGGGAUGGAAGCUGCAUGGCAUUGGAACAAGGCUCUGUUGCUCCUUUCAACUUCUGGUGUCAUGUUGAAACAUUUAACUUCCCCAGGCCUUUUAAAUGGCUAUGCUUGUUCUGCACUAUAAUUUCACAAUUCUAUUGCUGCCUCUCAUUGCUUUUAAUUCAUUAUGAAUGUUGAUUUUUGCUGUAUUUGCUGGUGUGAACUGUUUUAUUUAUUGCCCCAGAAACCAUUGGGAUGAAGGGCAGUCUAGAAAUGAAUAAAUGAAUAGACUCCUAUAGUCCCACACACAUUUACUUGGGAGUAAGUCUCAUUUAACUCAGGCUUAUUGCACAGUAUUGUUCUGUCUGUGCUUCAGGGACUUUGGCAUGUUCUCUCAUUGAGAGUGUCAAAUUUCCCCCCACACAAUCUGGUAAGAAGGAACAAAAUUUUCUGCAUGAAAAAUUCACCUAGACUACCAAUUCUGACAUUGUUUUUCCUCAUGUCCUGCACACUCCUAAUGGAGACAGAAUUUAUGUAGGAACCAACCCAUUAUUUUUCUGUUGUGGUUCUUUCAUAUUAGCCUAUGAUUCUAUUAUUUUGCAUCUCCAACCUGGUAGGUUCAUGAAAGAAUAAUAUCUUGCAUAGCAUCUUUACACAAUGUGAGCUGGGUUUCUCACCUCCUUUUCUGCUUUCCUACCUGUUUUUCAGUUUCCACUGCUUCUCCUUAGGAGCUCACUAAGCUUCUGCUACCAUGGUACGUGCUAUUUGCAUUUUUUACCUGAUUUGCUGGUAAUACUUGAGGUGACUAUCCUUUUGCUCAGCUGAUUAUCACUGUUUUAGCUUCAGCUUUUCCUAUUUUCUGCAUUUCUGUUGCUAAUUGACAGCAAAGCACAUGUUUAACUAAUGCUCGGAGACAUUAUUGCUUUUAUAGGAGUUGUCUGGACAAUGUUGGAUCACAAAUGCAACAUCUGUGGCUGCUUUACAUCUUAUCUUUUUUGACACAAGUGCCAAUCGAGGCAUGCAUGUAACAUGCAAAUGGAAGCACCUGUGGCUGUUAUCGAAACACAGUGCUUGCAUUUGCACUUAAUGUUAAGCCAGACUUCCAGACAGAAUGAACUGCAUGCUGGUGCUCAUUGCCCAGUUUCUCCAACUUCACUCAUCCCCUAGUGCAAACAGGAUAAACAAACCAGCAGUAAACCAGAGCUUCAAAUUGGUAUCAGUAAUGCCUUGUUAGGGAUUCAGAAACCAUAACCCAUGGCUUAGAUGUAAUGGGAAGCCAAGGUUUCCUAGUUGGCUAUUUCACUUAUGGCAGUAGAGCAGCAAAGCAGCAUGCUCAUUCCUAAUAACCCGCAAUAAGCCAUUCUGGUUUAUUGAUUUAUGCAAAUAUGGCCACUAGGCUCUUACUGGUGAUGAGUAAAUUCAUCACAGCACUGUACUUUUCAGUGAAGGGGAAGGUGCUUGCUCCCACAUCAAAGUUUAAAUCUAUAUAUAACUUGAAUACUUGUUGGUUUUCCCCACAGGAGAAGGUGGAAUGUAAAGGCAAGUCUCUGUGUAUUUAAGUGUGCAUGCAAAACAUUUUUGCACCUUUUCAGUUGCUUGUCAAACAUAGCUGGCAAUGUUUGUAUGCAUUCAUUUUUUGUUAUCAUUAAGGCCUACACAGUGUGUUUAACAAAGUGACUGGCAUGCUGCCAAUUGCUUAAAUAUUAGACAAAUCUAAGGUACCCCCCACCCAAAAAAGACCCCCAGUUUGGUAUGAUACUUUUUUUAAAAAAUGUAAUCACACCCUAAUGUUUCAAAGGGAGGCUAAUUCCAAAAAAGCUAUCCUGAGACAGUUUCUUUUUUUGUUUUGCAGUUGUACAAAACAUCUAUGAUAUUUUUUUUUUGAAAACUUGCAUGUUCAGAGCAUCAGUAGUUAGAGGUGCACACUGGUUUAACAGUUCUAAGGAAUAAUGCUUUUCCAUAAUUCUCCAUGUUGACAGACAGGGUGCAACUUCAGUAUAGUUUGUGUUAGAAUGUAAAACUACUAUCCAAAGCUUUAAAAUGCUGGACUAACUUUGAAAUUAAUCUCUAGGUUUUUGUGGGUUUUUUCUUUUCUUUUAUACUAAUAAAUGCUGAGUGUAAGCUUGGCCUUUCAGGCAGUUGAUUUUCUGAUGAUUUCAGGAAAGGUCUUAAUCUUAAAGUGUCAUGUUGCCUUCUUUGCAGCAUAGCAGGCACCACACUUUCUGCACAUACUGUCUCAUUUCUGCUACAAGCUAACAUUCAUGUCACACUAAACAAACCAAUUAGUGUCUAUAGUGCCGCAGGAAUUUUGACUUUGAGAAACCUCAAGAAGCACUUUGUAAAUAUGGAUGGAGGAAAAAAAUCAGGGUUUGUGGGGUGUGUGUAAUGACACAUUCUUCCAAGACUUAACUAUUGCUAAGUUUUAGCACAAGCGGUGUGCUAAAUACAAAAUGUCCUUACAAACUUUUGCAUUUUCAGUUAUGUAUGCAUAUCUAUUCUUGUUACACUUGAUGUGACCCUGUUGCAAAUUACCAGAUGGAAUUAAUUUCACACCUUUUUUAUUUCUGCUCUAUUGCAUGUCAGCUUUUAAAAAUUAUUAUUUUUGGAAUUCAUACGGGUGAAAGUCUGUGUGUGCCGAGAGGUGAUGGGCUCUCUUACUUAAUGGCUAAGCUGAAAGGAGCAGAAUAAAACCAAACAAAAAAGCCCCAGGGGAAUCGUUAAUGGCUCUGUCAAUGAGAAUUGUCCUUCCUCUCUGUCACAAGGACUUUUUAGACAGUUAAAUAAAUCAACGGUGCAACUAUGUUACCGGUUAUGAAUUACUGUCCUGUUGGUACCCUGAAUGCAUACAAGGUAACUUCUGUUUCCUGAAGGUUUCAUUUAAUACAGAUGCAUCUUGACAUGAGAUUAGAAGUUAGGAAACAUUUUAUUCUCAACUCUGUUGGAACUGACCAUUGAGCCUGCUUCAACAGGAAUUAGAACCCAAGGUUCAGUGCAGCCGAGGUACCUCUUAUCCAUGGGUAGGCAAACUAAGGCCUGGGGGCCAGAUUCGGCCCAAUCGCCUUCUAAAUUCGGCCCGCGGAUGGUCCAGGAAUCAGUGUGUUUUUACAUGAGUAGAAUGUGUCCUUUUAUUUAAAAUGCACCUCUGAGUUAUUUGUGGGGCCUGCCUGGUGUUUUUACAUGAGUAGAAUGUGUGCUUUUAUUUAAAAUGCAUCUCUGGGUUAUUUGCGGGGCAUAGGAAUUCGUUCAUCCCCCCCCCCCAAAUAUAGUCUGGCCCCCCACAAGUUCUGAGGGACAGUGGACUGGUCCCCUGCUGAAAACGUUUGCUGACCCCUGCUCUUAUCCUUCAGUAUUGUGCAAAGCACUUGAAACAUUUAACCACCUUUGGAAGCAGUCUUCUCCCCACUGCUCCAGGAACACCAAACAAAGGUUGUGUGUAAUGGUAUCGUAGUGAGCUAAGGGGUUUUGUGAUGACGGAACCUGUGGCUGUAGAUGCCUGAAACGGUUAUGAUAUCAUAGAGCUUUUCACAAGCAUUCUUACUUGUCAGCGAUGAAAGCUAUUUGCAGAGUGCUAACAGUCUCCUGCGAAAGACUGUAAAAGUCACCCGAGUUGACAUUAAACCUCACACAUUCCCUAUCCCUAGGAAAGGAAUAGGCAGUGUGGGGAAAAAUGAGGACUGAUGCUGAAUGGGAAGAGAUAGAGAGAGAUGCUAAGGGGACAAGGGAGCCAGAAAUGGGAAUGUCAGUGAAAUGAAAUAAGCUGUCAUGUGAACGCAGCCUCAGGAGGGACUGUGAACUGUUGAAGAGAAGAGGGUUGUUUGAAAAAGAAGCCUAAAGUGCCCAGGAAGCGUAGGCCAACUUCACCCUGGGUGCCCUUCCUGAUUAAAAGUUUGCGUUGUCUUGGGAGUGUUAUUCCCUCAUUAGCUUUGUCUCUAUUUUGUGGCGGUGAAUUAGAUUAUAGGCAGAGUGUAACAUACUCCCAAGAGGAAUACUCCCUUUUAGGAGGACAUCUCCUUGUAUUUUUCUACAACAAAUUCUAAGGUCAUAAAAAACAUGGCUGUUAUUGUUAAAGGAAGUUUGAAGAAUAUUGAUGGGUUAUCUGGAAAACAUCAGUUGAUGCCGUUUGCAAGCCAUUGAUUUAUGACAGUGUCAAACAGAAAAGUGAAUUCAAGGGGAGCCUUCCCCUCCCUCACUUUUUUGCUGAGAUAAAUGGGAAUCUUUCUCAUGCUCUCUGCCACAAAAAGUGUGCCUCUGAAGUUUUGUCACUUAACUACAGUGGUACCUCGAGUUAAGAACUUAAUUCGUUCUGGAGGUCCGUUCUUAACCUGAAACUGUUCUUAACCUGAUUUCUGUUCUCAUCCUGAAGCAAAGUUCUUAACCCGAGGUACUAUUUAUGGGUUAGCGGAGUCUGUAACCUGAAGCGUCUGUAACCCGAGGUACCACUGUAGUUAAGUGACAAAACUUCAGAGGCUAAGGGAGCUUGGCCACUCUCUUUUUGCACCAGGAUUUGCAAGUUUAACUAAACACAAUUCUCCUGGGCUGUACCUGAGAAGGGAAGUCAGUGCCACCAGCUCUUUAUGGUAGGGAUGGGGCAUCUCAGGCCCAGAGCCUGAACUGCAGCCCUCCAGACCUGUCUUGCCAGACCUAGGGACUCUUCCCAGGAUACAGCCAGUGGGGAAUUGAGAGGCUCCCCUCUCACACAUACCCAUAGCACUAAGCAGUUUCUGGGAAAUCUUGUUGCUUAUAUAUGCCUCUGGCUCUUGGGACAUAUUGAGAAACAUGCAGAGGCACAGACAGUUGACCAUGCACAUAUUGCUUAGUGGGUCUGGCUCAUCUUUGUUCUUGUCAACAGGCUUAUUACCUGCAUGCAGACACACAGGUUUUAAGCAAUCUGCUUGUUUUGUUUACAUAUAGUUCACAUCUACUGCAGGUGUAGUCAUGUUUUUCCAUGUUGGCAGACUCUGUGAGCACUGUAUUUGUAAUAUUUUAACAUCUGUUUUCCUUUAGUUAACAACUAAACUUUUUUUAAACUAUUUUUUAAAUGUAAACCAACACAUAAUAUUGUGAAUGGUGAAUUGAUGCUUAAUCAUAGAUCUUCACCCCCCCCCCCAUAAUGCUGUGCUUCCAGUUUAGGAUAAACACUGGUGUUAUAGGUGUUUUUACACAGAUUAAAACUGAGGAUUCAGUACAAAAAAAAAAAGGUAGAUAGAAUUGGGAGAUUUGUAAGUGCCUGAUUAGCUUGCACAUUAGGUGAAAAUAUUCAGUAUUUGUAACAGGGGUGGGGGUGGGCAUUGUGUCUUAUGAUAGGAGAAUGUCUUUAUAGUACAAGAAGCUACCAUAAUUUGUGCAAUGGAUUUGUUAAAAAUAGGUUUCAUCCCCAAUAUCUGUUUUUACUAUUAUGGGAAGGAACAAAGUAAAUCCCUGUAUCUUCCAAAAGUAUUGUGCUGACUUGAGCAGCAAAAAAUUAAAUAUUUGGGUUGGAACUGAUUAUUAGCUACAUGUGUGACAUAAAUAUUUCAUAUUCUUGAUCAGAAUGUUUCAAUCCUUGACCAGCUCCACUAGACUUGUAAAGAUAGUUGCUUUUGGCUUCUACCCUUCCAACACAUUUCAGGAGAUGACUUUUUUAAAAACAACAACAACAACCCUUUAAUCACCAUUGUGUAAUAAUCUUGUAAAAACGAUCUGUUCUCCUUGAUAGCCUUGUUCCAAUUUAAUUUUGUGUGUGUGUUUCUGUGUUUGCUUUUUUAUUUAAAUAACAGGCUGCCUUUGCCUCCAGGAGCCUUUCUGGGCCUUUGGAAAAAUGAGGAUCUGUACAAGGAAAUAUACUUCCAGAAAUUUCCAGUAAGAGGAGUUAAAAUGAACUAAAUAUGUAGUAAGCUACCUUUGGCUCUCUAGCAUGAAGCGAUGCCAUAUUUUGGAAUGCUGUUUCCCCCUCUGAUUGACCAUGCCGGCUGGGGUUGAUGGCUUCUCAAAUCAACUGGAGGUCAGCGUGUUGCUUACCCUAUGUAAUAGAAUAGAUAUAUUUUGUAAUGCCCAAGAAAUACUUUCACUCCCCUUCUCCAUAAAUGCUGUGCACUGUAGUGUAAGAAUCCCAUUCAUGCCCAUGUUUGCAUAUUCUUCUUUUACUCUUCCACACGUCCUUGCUAAAGGCCAAUUGGCUUCCUAUGGGAUAUGCAAUGCUGGCGUGGUGAGAUAGCUCAGUCGGUAGAGCAAUGACUCUUAACCUGGAAGGUCGUGGGUUCAAGCCCCACACUGCACAAAAAGAUUCCUGCAUUUCAGGAAUGACCCCAGUGGUCCCUCCCAGCUCUACAAUUCUAUGAUUCUAUGGAAAUUGCACAUGAGGCAAACAAGGUGUGUGCUAAGCAGCUCUACACUAUGCUGUUAAGAACAUAGAGUUCAGCUGGAUCAGAUCCAAGGCCUUUCUAGUCUGGCAUUCUUUACCCACAGUGACCAACCCAAUGCCUACACAAAGCCCAUAAGAGUGGCAUGAGUGCACUUCAGAGGCUUAUCUCCAGUAUUAGAGGUAACAUCACCAUCAAGAUUAGUAGCUGUUGUUUUGUGGAAAAGCUGCUAUACGAGAUGUAGCCUGUAAAGCCUGGACAGGAACCUAGGAUUAUUUUGGAGAAAUGCCAAGGAUGGGCAUGGUGGCAAAAGUGGUCUAGAUCUUUGGUAAUUUUUGUUGAUGUUUCUGUAUUUAAGGAACAUCAAUAAAAUGAGCAAUAAACAUUUUUUAAAGUAUUACUGAUCUCAAAUAUUCUGAUAUAUGUAUAUUUUCCUUUCUCCUCCUGCUUUUGCUCCCAGGGGUACUAUAAUACUAUGGACGCGGGCUAUAUGGAUGAAGAGGGCUAUUUGUAUGUGAUGUCUCGAGUGGAUGACGUGAUCAAUGUUGCAGGUCAUAGGAUUUCAGCAGGUGCAAUUGAGGAGGUAAAUGCAAAGCGGUCUGUAAAAAUGCUUUAAAAAUGCAUGUUAAAACUCCAGCUAAGAUUUAGAUCACCAGUGGAGGCUGUUUCUACAUUGCUGCUGCUUAUGAAUGGUAUUAAGGUAAUGUGUACAAAGUCACUUUUGUGUCCUUCCUGUUCUUGCCCCUAGGCAUUUUAACAGUGAGAACAGUGGCAUACAUUUUAAAAAUCUGACUAACGAAGUACAAAAGUUCUUGUGUUAUCCAACACAAAGGUGUGUUCUUUUGAAACUUAUCUGAGUGAUUUGUGGCCUACAUUGGCAACUUCAUAACUUCAGGAAAGCCCUGAUACCAGGGACUGGAUUCUGAGCUCCCUCGCUGUCUGCAGGCCACUGUGACAGGGGAAUGGGGCCAAAAGCCUACCUGUGGAUCACCUGAUGUCACUUUGAUGUCAGGCACUGUGGGUAAACCACAGAGCCUAGGACUUGCGAUGGGGUGAGCUCCCGUUGCUCGGUCCCAGCUCCUGCCAACCUAGCAGUUUGAAAGCAUGUCAAAGUGCAAGUAGAUAAAUAGGUACUGCUCUGGCGGGAAGGUAAACGGCGUUUCUGUGCGCUGCUCUGGUUCGCCAGAAGCGGCUUAGUCAUGCUGGCCACAUGACCCGGAAGCUGUACGCCGGCUCCCUUGGCCAAUAAAGCAAGAUGAGCGCCGCAACCCCAGAGUCGGUCACGACUGGACCUAAUGGUCAGGGGUCCCUUUACUUAACUUACUCUACUUUACUUACUUUACUUUUAACUUUACUUACUCUCCCCUCCAUGCUACAAAUAAACAUUUUUCCUGUGCUGAUAAGACUUGAAUUCAAGCUGUGUCUGCAAAUAAAGAAUUGGAAGUAUACUAAGGUAAAACCCACAAUAUACAUUUAAAAUACGUGGCUUCUCCCUAAGAAUUCUGGGAACUGUAGUUAGUUAAGGGUGCUGGGAGUUGUAGCUCUGUGAGGGGUAAAACUACAGUUCUCAGGAUUCCUUGGGGGAAGUCAUGACUAUGAAGGUGGAACAUAUGUGGUUAAAAUGUAUUAUCACCAUCAAUUUAUUAUGAAGGGACUGUACAAUAAAGCCCAAAAACUCUGAUACAUUGAAGACAAAACUAAAUCUCUGAGCAAAGAUCCAUAUAUCCUGCUAAGAUAGCCUACCAGAAUAAAAAUGUAUUUAUUUGUUCUUGGAAAAUGCAGAUAAUGGGUAGCUGUUCAUAUCUCAACAGGAAUGCUAUUCUAUAGCAUUCCAACUUAUUGCAGAGCAGGCCUCUGGAUAUUUGGAACUUACAGGAGAAACAUUCCCGCAGACCACAGGGAUCUGCUAGGUAUAUAAGGGGUAAAGUGGUCUCUCAGGUAACCUGGUCCUGACACGUAUGUUAGCACCAACACUUUGAACUUGGCCUGGUAGGAGAUGCAUGGCAUGGAGGUGACCUAAGAGUGUUCCUGAUUCUUCCUUUGCAUCAAAAGGUUUGGCAGUUUUUGAAUCUCCCACCUUGUAAUGUCACUGUGCAGGGCCACAGAAAAAAGGAGCUAAAUUCAAAAAGUACCAACUUUUUGAUGUUUGAACUUUUUUGUUCCUGGCAUCAUAUAUGAUGGGAAAGGUUGGCAUGGUUUGUCUGAGAUGGCCUGGUGGACCACCCACCAAGUCUUGGCAGGCCUAAUCAGGCUGGGGGUGAGGGACUAAGGUUCACCACGGACUUAUAUACUGUCUUAUUUCCAAAUAACUUGAAUAAUAGUAAAAUGAAAGUAAAGGUGUAAAGUAAACUGAAUCCGGAAAAAGAAAUGGGGUAAUGAAUGCCAAGGGAAUAAAUGCAGCAACACAAUAAUGCUUCCAGGCAAAGAAAAUAAUUAGAGCAGAUGAAUGAAUGAAAUAAAGGGCCUAUGAUGAGACAUAGGUAAACAAAUCAUUACAGUAAUCCAAACAAGAUAAAAUUAAUGAAUGAGCUGUGUCAAUAGGUGUAAGGGUGAUAUUAGUUUCCUGAAAGAAGUAAGAUGUUGGCAGUGAUAUUUUAGGAGAAAUAUUACUAGAAAGGAGAAGAACCACACAAUAUGACCUUGAUUCCAGAGAGAAGGAGAUAUUGGAGUGAUACCAGCAACAGAUAAAUCAAGAACCAAAAUGGGGAAACCAAAUAAACUUAUUUUUAGAUAGUUUAAGGAACUGUAUCCAAAUCCCAGAAGAAAUAGGCAGCAAAGAGGGAGAAAACUCUUAUAUGAUGAUGGAGAUCUAGAGCAGGGAAAUACAGCUAAAUUGAACCUACCUAAAUAUGAUAAUCAGUGCUAGGGGAAUGGAUGCAGGAACUGAGACAGCGAAACCUGAACCAUGAAGGACACCCAAAAGUAAAGGGACAAGGGUGAAAAACAGCACUCACACCGACUCAUGACUGACAGUAAGAAAACCAUUAAAGAAUAGAACAGGAUUAGCCAGACAAAAAGAAAGCAGCCUCAAAUACUGAAGGAUAACAAAGAACAGAAAAAUUAUACAUUGAAAGUAAAAAAGAAAUGUGAAGAUGAGGCAGUUUAUCAAGACAAAUGAAUGAAAACUACAUUAAAAAGGACCUAGUGUAGUGAUGUAUGGAAGUGAGAGCUGGACCAUAAAAAAGGCUGAUCUCUGAAGAAUUGAUGCUUUUGCAUUAUGGUGCUGGAGGAGACUCUUGAGAGUCCCAUGGACUGCAAGAAGAUCAAACCUAUCUGUUCUUAAGGAAAUCAGCCCUGAGUGCUCACUGGAAGGACAGAUUGUGAAGCUGAGGCUCCAAUACUUUGGCCACCUCAUGAGAAGAGAAGACUCCCUGGAAAAGACCCUAAUGUUGGGAAAGAUGGAGGGCACAAGGAGAAGGGGACGACAGAGGAUGAGAUGGUUGGACAGUGUUCUCGAAGCUACCAGCAUGAGUUUGACCAAACUGCGGGAGGCAGUGGAAGACAGGAGUGCCUGGCGUGCUCUGGUCCAUGGGGUCAUGAAGAGUCAGACAUGACUAAACGACUAAGCAACAACAACAACAAAAGUGUAGUGAUAAUCAAGACUCUGAGAGAGAAAACACUGCAUACACAUUGCUUGGAAACAAAGAAGAGAAACCAGGUGGCAAUUAGACAAACCCAGUGAAGUCAUCUAUGAGGCUAGAAGCCAUAACAGAGAGAUUCGAAAUUAUACUAACGGGAAUAAUAGAAAGUGAGCAAUCUGCUUAGAAAAUAUGAAGGCAUGACACUGAGCAAACAAGUAGAAGAACAGAAGAGCAGAAAAGGAACAAAACAGCCACGAGGCUGUGACAAAUGGUGAUAAAUAAGAAGAGCUGAUCAGAAGGAACUCAUGAAUGAACUCGCGCUGCUUUAUCAAAGGCAUGUGCAAAAACUAAGAGAUAAAAAUAGACAAGAAAGAAAAUGAGGAAUAAGCAGUGAAUUAGCAAGGGAAUAAAAGUGACUAGCCAAAGCAGCAGCAACAGAAUGAAUUAACCGAGAAAGAUAAAUAAGAUUGCUUAUUUAAGGGGUGUGCGUGAAGCGUAUAGAUAAGAAAUUGAGAAGUCAUGACUAACGGCACAGGACUGUGAUAUAUGAAGAAAAACGUAAUUGAGAAGUAAUCUAUGGCUCACCUGGGGAAGAAUAAUGGGAGCAGAAAGACAAAUCAAAUGUACAUGUUGAAACAGAGUUAAAUGAAGAAUCCGAAGCAUCAAUAAUUGGUGCCAUAGAAACAGCAAACAAAAGAGGAUCAGGAAAAAAUAGUCAGGUUGUCAAGGCUGAAAGUUGCAAAAUUCUUAAAACAGUCAAUAAGGAAACGCAUCAAGCAAGAGAGUAAAUUAAAGUAAACGAUGUUCAGAGGGAGGACAAAGAGUACACAGCGAGGAGAACACCACAAGGGAGUAAUUAAGAGUACCGGUUUCCCAGGCAGCAGGGAAGAAUCGGCUCCCCAGGCAUAUUUUGUCUAACGUAUACAGUGGUACCUCAGGUUAAGAACUUAAUUCGUUCUGGAGGUCCGUUCUUAACCUGAAACUGUUCUUAACCUGAGGUACCACUUUAGCUAAUGGGGCCUCCCGCUGCUGCCACUCCACUGCCAAGUGAUUUCCAUUCUCAUCCUGAAGUAAAGUUCUUAACCCGAGGUACUAUUUCUGGGUUAGCGGAGUCUGUAACCUAAAGCAUCUGUAACCCAAGGUACCACUGUAUCUUAUUGCUGUAAGCCUCUUUGAGACCUCCAUGGUGAAAAGCUGGAUAUAACUUUAUUAAUUAAAUUAAUGCAAAGUUAAACCCAUGCAUUAUGUGGAAGCACCUCCCUUCAAUACCAUCACAUGCUACUCCAAGAACAUGGCCAGAUAAUUUAGACCCAGUGACAGUUCCUUCCCAUGUGAGCUUUGCUUGCCUGCUGUGUAGAGCUGCCUGCAGUAUCUAUGCACAUUGGAGCACUCAUAAAAACAGACCAUCCUACUAACCACUGUUCAGCCCCACUCCUGGUACCUUUCACAUCUUCACAAAAUGGAUAUACAGUGGUACCUCGGGUUACAUAUGCUUCAGGUUACAGACUCCGCUAACCCAGAAAUAGUGCUUCAGGUUAAGAACUUUGCUUCAGGAUAAGAACAGAAAUCUUGCUCCGGUGGCGCGGCAGCAACAGGAGGCCGCAUUAGCUAAAGUGGUGCUUCAGGUUAAGAACAGUUUCAGGUUAAGAACGGACCUCCGGAACGAAUUAAGUACUUAACCCGAGGUACCACUGUAUAUGUAUGGGGUCUGAAUCUUAGUGGAGCAUUAUUUAACAGAGACCCACCUUUUCUCUUUUCUGUGUUAAUUUUCUUGGAUCCGGUUUUUAGGGGGAAAUGUCAUAGAGUCACUUUAAGGUAGGUUGAACUUUUGGUUUUUAAAGAAGUGUUAGGAAACUUACUCAAAGCUCUCGCUGCUUGAGGGGGAAGGUAAGGGCACAGUUAUUUUUAUUUUUACAGCUUAAUUGCUUCUCCAUCCUCCUUGCAAAACAGGUGUGAGGUGGUGAUAAACUGACGCCUUAUUAUUAUUGCCGAGUCUGUAUUUUUAGGAAAAGAAAACUUGGGCUAAAUUAGUUGUUUUGUGGAUUGUGCUUUAUUGCAGUGCUGCCUCCCUUGUGGUGUUGAAAAAGCUAUUUAAUUCCCAUUUUUUGCUUACCAUACAGUGGGUGGCAAUUGAUUGUUUUGCUGAAUGCACAAUAAAGUUGUUUGCUGAUAAAUAAUGUAUCAACUUUCUGUCUGUCUCUCCUGUUUUAAGGAUGACAUUAAGUGAUAGUUUGAUCUACAGCUUAAAAUACUGUGCAUGUUAUUAUUCCAAAUGGAGACCCACAAAGCAAUAAAAUGUACACUAAAGUAGCUAAAAUGAUUUAUAUCAGGAUGUUGCUCAUGAUGAAUGUCAUUGUCGUUUAUACACAGUCUUAAGGGCUGGAUUGCGAAUGUACAUUUGUAAUUUGAAAUAUUGCAUUCCCAGUAGGUUUAUUAAUCAAGCUAAUAAGCAAAUGUUACAGCUUAAAAAAUCUUUCAGUAAAAAGGCACUGAAACAUCUCUUUUUGGCAGCAGUCAGACAAUAGUAAAUAGGUGUGAUGUUGUGAGCAUGUAGGCCAGAACUGUAGCAUCACAUAAUUCUGAAAUCCUGCUCCUGGCAAACUGAGAUUUCUGUAUUAUGGGCACUGUGAAUCGCCAUAAAGGCUUCAUUGUAAUGCUGCCUGGAAACUUCAGAAGGGUCAAAAUGCUACUGCUAAAAUCUUGACAGGCCAGGAAUUGAGAUCAUGUGACAGUAUCAUUGUAUUAGCUACACUGGCUGCUGAUUCAGUUUUUAAUGCAAUCAGAGGUAUUGACUUUGUACCGUUGGUCCCACACUCCUUGGGGCUUUAAUCUAUGUACUUGAAGGGCCUGCAAAGCUGCUUGUUUUUUUAGAUUGCCUUGCACGUCACACUGCCUUCUGAGGCACAUUUUGUGGCAAUGCAUGGAAGAGUUUUCUCUACGGCAGGACAUCAUCUGUGAAACUCCCUGCCCCAAGGGGUCAGCUUCCUCUCUUAUCUUUGUUCUGCUGGCAUCUGAAGAAGUUUGUUUUUAAGCCAAGGAUUUGCUAGUGCUGCUACUUAAUUUAUUUCAAUUUGAUUUUUAUUCUGGUUUUUCUGUUUUCUGAUGAUAGGUCAGGUUGUGGUUUUUGUAACUCAGAUUGUGUUUUUGACAAUGGGUUUUUAGGGAUGUGAUUCUGUUUUUGUUUUUGUUUUACUUGUUGGUCACUCCGACUCCUUCAGGAGCAGAAAAGUAUAAUUGGUUUUUAGUGUACGGUAUAAAGAAUGUAUCUAAAGCAGGGGUAGGGAACCUUAGGCUGGGAGGCCAAAUGUGGCCUGAUAAGGCCUCUCCGUUUGGCCCUCAAAAUUCCCCAGACCACUCCCCUCACCCACACUGCCUCAUAACCCAGUUGUCCUGACUGGAAUGUGUUGUUGACCUUUGAGAAGGCCUCUUGCUUGUCUGGAUGGAGGAUACAGAGGGAUGUGGACUUCUGUUUCAGAAGCUAGGCGAAACUCACAUUAAUUCCUCCACCCACUUUGGCCUCUGCUCCUGCUUACCUCGGGCAUGUGGCCCUCAAAAGGCUUUCUAGAACGGAAUGUGGCCCUUGAGCUAUAAAACUUUCCCCACUCCUGAUCUAAAGAGCCUCCCACACAGUUCUUUAAGUUGUUAUCUUUGAAGGAAUCCCCAUCCAACAGGAAAUUACUUAGACAUCUCCACUAUGACUCUGAAAACUCCCUGUGAUAUUCCAAUUAGGAAAGAAACUGUGACUUCUGCAUUAUCAGAUUCUCUGGAUUGAUAAGGAACAUGUAUGCUCCACUGACGCAUGGUGGUGGUUGUUUUCUGUUUCCCCAAUCAGGCUGUGCUCUCCCAUAGCGCUGUGGCAGAUUGUGCAGUUGUCGGCCAGGAAGACUCCUUAAAGGGCCACGUCCCACUCGCUCUGUGCGUCCUAAGAAACGGUGAGACAUUUGUUUGAAAAGCAGAAGGAAGCCUUAGGCUCGACUCCCGGCCUGUAGCAGCUAACAAAAUGGUUACCGUACAGAAGAAUCAGACUACUUUUGUUGACCGUGGUGCUCUUACCUUGCUUAUCAGGAGUAAACACUGAAGAGGAAAAGCUUUUGGAUGAAAUCACAAAGAGAGUUAGAGAAAAUAUUGGCCCUGUGGCAGCCUUCCGGAAAGUAGUGUUUGUGAAACAGAUACCAAAGACACGUUCUGGCAAGAUACCACGGUCAGCUCUUUCUUCCUUGGUAAACGGCAAGCCAUACAAGGUGAAUUACCUGCAUUCUUUUACUACUACUGUGUGGUGCUGGAUAUUUUGAUAUUACGCUGUGCUGUCUGCAGUUUUCAUAAUCUUUUAUAGCCUUCUCUCUAAAGUUAUGCCUAGCAUGUUGUGUAGUAUUUAAGUGGCUUUAAGCAGCAGCAUAUCUUGUGUAAAGCAGACCAGUCCCAUUAACUUGGCUCCAAUACCACCACCCUGUAACAGGCAUAUAGAUUUACAAAGUGUAGCCAAACAACCUUGGGAGGGUCAAAUGCUUUUAGGAUAGUGCCUGCAUUUCCUACCCUUGCUAUAUAUACUUCUUUAUCCUGACCUUUGACACUUGAGGAGUAUAUUUUUAGGACCCACUUUCGGAACAUAACACAUCCUGGGACCUUAAGGUGAAGGCCAGGUAACAAAUAAAUAAGAAUAGUUUUUAUCGCAUUUGUCUUGACCCAUUUCUGUACUAAGGAACCAUUUUGUGUGAGAUUACCUUUUUUGCAUCUACUGACAGUGGUUGGUCACAAGAAGGGGGCAGCUACAAAACUUGUUUUCCAGUGCCACUGCUGACUAUGGGCCAUUACAUUACUGCUUUUUUGAUGGUGUAUACAGGGAUCUUGUAUGAUUUCAACAAAACUAGGCAAACUAAGUUGACUAGACUUGAACUUACUAACACUGUUGUUAAGUAUAACAUAGUAUCUUGAUUCUCUUCUCUUGCUCAUUUUUCCCCAGAUAACUCCAACCAUUGAGGAUCCGGCUGUGUUUAAACAUGUAGAAGAAAUGCUGAAGACCAAGUUAAAGUAA